UGCUGAUCUUUUCUCCUCUCCCCCCACCGUCUCCUCUUUUUAAAACAAACAAACAAUAAAGAUCUAAAGGAGCCGCUUCUCCUUCUGCCGCUUCUCGACGGUGUGAGCAGCGGCCAGAGGUGCUGGGCUCAAUUCUUUGGCAGGGUCCCGGAUGUUCUCUGAGGAUGCUUUGCAAUUGCACUAAAGGAGGCAGUAGUGGAAAGGAUCAGUUUUUGGGCUUUGAUGCAAUCAUGGGAAUCAGGUAAUAACCGAACGGGGGAAUUUUAAUCGUCGCAGAAGCUCCGGUUUCUUCCGUGAACUGUUCACCCCAUCUGCUGUUGCUUUUUCUUUUCUUUUUUUUCUUUCUUUUGGAUUUGGAGGAAUUAAAACCCUGGACUCCUGCUUGGGUUGUUUUUUUGGGGGGUGCUCCUCGUUCCUCUACUUAAAUGGUCAAUGAAAACAAGAGGAUGUACAUCCCAGAAGAAAACCACCAAGGUAAGACUGGGGGGUCUCUGGAUAGAGGUUGUCUCCCCCCUCCCUCCGUCUCCCUCUCCUCCCCCCUCUCCCCCUUACUGUCCUUUCCUUCUUCUGAAGAUGCUGGAGAAAGCAACGUGAAGAGCGGGAGGGGAAGGGGUGGUGGGAGAUGGUCCUCCGCCGCCACCACGCAGAUGGGACCGCGGGUGACAUGAGGAGAGAUCUGAUGCAGUGAUCUUGUCAAGGCUGGUGGUCGCGGGAAACAAAACAAGCCCACCAAGCAACCCCCCACGCUUUUUCUCCCCCAGCCUUAUCCUUGGCCAGCAAUAUUAAGCAAGGCAAAGUUGCUUUCUGGUGGUGGAAGAGCGUGUGGAGCUGGCAGGAGGGACGUCCAGGAGUUUGCAAGACCGAGGGUUGUUGCUUCAGUUCUCGUCGUCGUUGCUUCUUCCAGGGCGGGCUAACCUUCCUCAUAUUAAAAAAACUACCAUGUUUUUGGAAGCAUGGGGGAGUUGGGGUCAUUUUCGGGGCCCCUCCCAAUCCCCAUUCCCUUCAGGAUUUUGCAGCCCGAUCCAGUGCAUGUUUGCUCGGAAGUAACUUCCACUAAGUUCAACUCCAAAGGAAAGGGCUGUGUGGUGGCCGUCUGCAGUCCUACGUACCCACUUACCCACAAUUGAAUGCAGUGGAGUUUACUUCCAAGUAGGUCCGCAUAGUCUUGCGCUGUUAGUAGAGGAAGUGGAACAUUCUUAGGGAUAUCUGGGGUAGCAAUGCCUCAACAGUUGGGAAGCAAAGCUAUCGAUGUCUUUCCCACCUCAUUAAUUGGAACCUAAUUGCAACGUCUCGAAAUUCCUUGCCCAAGAGAGGGCCGCCUAGGCUGCCAACCAACCUAUACCCAGUUACUUGUGAGUAAGCCCCAUUGAACUCGAUGAGACUUAAAUAUAUGACUGCGCUGUUGGAGACUCUUUACCUCCUCCCUCUGCUAUUCUCUGCCACCCAUCACUCAGAGCACUGUGGCCUCCUUUUCAUAGGUAGAAGGCAAAUCCUGACGCCAGACAGACACAGGAGGGCUGCUGAGUAUGUGUGUUACGUACAUGUUAUAUACCCCAAAAGAGGGAGACCUCCUGUUGUGGUGGUGAUUGCUUUUUAAACAUUGAAAAUAUGGAAGACCCUUCCUUUUCUGUGGCCAUCCAAGCCAAACAUCCCUGGAGGUGCUUUUAAGAGCAGCUUGUGGGACCAAAUCAACAAGGGUGGUCGGGAGAUAACUUUUUUUUCUUUUCUUUUAACUCUCCAAGUUACUAUUGUCUCCUGGCAGUCCCCUCCAAAGGGGUUGUGAUUUGGACCCUUCUGGUUAGCUUCUACUGGGUGGUUCCAACCCCACCCCUCUUGCUUAGAUAGAUGUACCAAAGAAACCCAUCAUCAUUGUCUUAGUAGAGAGAAGUCUGCUGGCAGCUGUGUGUGUGUGUGUGCUUGUGCACAUGCAUGUCCUUAAGACCCUUGUUCUUUCCAUCUUCUCUGCACUCCCUGAUAAGGCAGGCUGCCCCUUACCUUUCCUCUUACCACCUGUCAUUGCUCCUCUCAUCUCACCCAGUAGCACCAGAGUGUUGAGAUUCUUGGCACUGUGUGUCAUAGGGUAGGAAGCAAGCAGUUAUCUCCAUGUGGAAAUAGAUCAAUCCAGAGUAUCUCCAGUUUAGUUUUCUUUCAAGUAUAGGGAUCUCAAGGUACCAAAGAUAGGAAAGGCAGUUGGAGUUGACAGCACUGAACCAAUGGCUCAGAUACUUAUUCUUUCAAAGUGGGAAAUAUAUGUGCUUGAACUCUUUCUUUGCUUGCUUAGCCCUAAAGGGAUUUAGGCUGCAAUCCUAUAUCCGCUUACUUGGGGUCCUCUUGAUUCAACUUGCUGAGCUUACUUUUGAGUAGAUUUAUAUGGGAUUUCACUGUUAGUGGCAGAAGGGUGUCCAGGUGGGGGGGGGAGAGUUCAGGACACCUGCACCUUUUUAUAAUAGUGUUAAACAGGGAAUCUCAGCAGGUGUGACAUACCAGAAAGCUUUAGCUCCUACAUUCCUUCUCCACAUUUCUUAAAAGGGCAGAAGCCCUAGCUCUUUUUACACCUGGGCCAUUCUUAAGGAGAGAGUGAAAUCUACGUAUAUAAAAGUGUGCAUUUGAUUGUGGCACACUUGUGUGUGUGUGUAGAUUUUUAAAAAGUUCCAGUGGUCAAAAUCUUGUAAUACACUGACCUGAAAAGAUUUUUUUUUGUCAUCACCAUACCAUAACAAGUACCCCAAAAAGGUGAUUGCAUCUUGUGCCCUGUUUUGCUUUUGUCCUCUUAGCCAUGUGCUUCUGUCACGCACUAGUAUGUGUGUGCUUUGUGCUUUGCUGCUGACAACGCUACUGAUAAGUGGACCAAAGCUCGGCCUCCAUAGCAAUAUGCCAAAUGCUAUGGCAACCUGAAUCCAGCUCCCUACUUACCAGCUGCAGUGAUUAUAUAAUAUAGAGAGAGCAGGGUUGCCAUCCUUCCUUUCUUGCUGCAGAUUAAUUUCUUGUUGCUCCCAGGCAAAAGGCAACACUUUUGCAGUGAAACUCCACAUUUUGUGGUGGGAGGAACACUAUAAUAAUUUGUGUUUAUUUGACACCCCCCCCCAAUAACAUGACAUGAGGGUUAAACCCGAAAAUGAUCACAAAUAAAGAACCAUCUGUAAACGUUUCAUUUCUUGAAGGUCUUUUUGAAAACUUCCAUCCUCACUAAUCACCCUUUGCCUGAUUUUAAACAAUACAGUUAUUCGUCACAAGUUUGCUACCUUUUUCCUCCCAAGGUCUCAGUCCUUAGGUUUUAUAAGGAUGGUCUCCAUAGAUUUUGUAGCCCAAACUAUGUAUUGGUUUGCGGUGAUGAUGGCGAAGAACAAAAUUUACAACACACUAAUCCUGGGAUAGAGCGGUAUAAUUAGAGCAAAAGUGUUGAAAGGAAAGGAUUAGAAAGAUUAUUGUAGAGGGAGAAUCUGGCUGCCCAUCUUUGCAUUGGAAAAGUCUAAUUUCAGGGGACUAGAAUUUCUCAGGUAACAUUUCCCCAGCAGUUUCCAGCACAGAAAUGAAUUCUUAGCACACACGCACACACACAUGAUAACCUGUGUGAUAACUUUGGAUAAGAUGAAUUGGAGUAGGCCUCACCUGUCCUUUAUUGUUGUGCUCAUACCAACCAACUAAUUUACCUGACUUUCUGAACUGGAACUUAGGGAGUCAGCAAGCCACAUGAUAAGGCACUGGAAACUAUAUAAUACAAACAGGAGAGUUUUGUUGUGAUCCAUCCACACCACUUAGUUUCUUAAUUAUAAAAAUAUGUGUUCUUUUUACAUUGUUCUUUUUAUUUAAUAUUUUUUUCUUUCCUACACUUUACCAUAGGGUCCCAGAAUGGGUUACAACAAUAAAAUAUACAAUUAUAAAACAAAUAAAGUUGUGACACUAAAACUUAAAAAAGCAUUCUCAUUCUAUAGCUUACAGACAGAAAUGUUAUUAAUAUUUGGAUUUAGCAGGACCCAGUACAAUUUCUAUUCCUCAUUUAUUGCAGGGAAAAAGAGGAGUUGUCUGAGCUGUUACUAUUUUUUUAAAAAAUAAAAAUAAUCCUUCUGCAUGUUUAAUUGUCCCACCUAAUAAACAAUAUUUUCGGGGGGUGGGGUGGUGGAAAUAAUUACUUUUGACUGUUGAGCAUAUGUCUUUUUAGAAUAUAUGUGUUUUUUGUGCUGGAUGAUUGAGGACGUACAAGAAAAAGCUUUUACAACUAGCUACAUCAUAUUUAAAGUGCAUGUGGGAUUCAGAAUCAACUCAGAUAGGUAUCUGUAAGGUAUUUUAUUGUGAACACUUUGCACUGGUAAAACUACAGAGUGGAUUAAUUAGGGAGGAGGGAUCUUGAUUUGCAAUCCUCUAUACACAGUAUGGAGUGCCUGGAGGUCAGCUGACCCAUUUGAGUUACAAACUAUAAUUUCAGGUGUGCUUCAGAGCUUGUCAGUACAUGGUGCUGGCUAUAUCAUGUUGACAGAGAGAGGGGCUGUUAUCUGGGGAAACAUGCUGGCCCAAGAGUUCAGCAAUGAGCCUUUCAGUUAUUUCACGACAGGAUUAUGAAGAGGGGCAUGGUGAUGAAUGGUGCUGUGAGGAUUCUACCUCUGCCAGAAGGUGGUGCUACAGGGCUAAGGAGUAAAAAAAACCUAAGUAAUUGGGAAUCCGGGGGACUGCAGUUCUGUGAGAGGUGAUAGGUGCUAGGGAUCUCCAAACAAAUUAUCAACAACCUCAUCAAACUGCGCUCCAGAAAUCCUUGGUCAUGAUGGGGAGCAAUUACAGUUAAAAGUGAUAGAAAGCUUGCAUACAUUUUCAGUGUAGAUGUGUCCUGAUUGUCAGGAGAGACUGCUUACCGAUACUUGCCCAUCCUAUAUUAAUAAAUGAUCUACGCCAAAGGCAGGACUCUCUAUUCUUCAUAGACAAGAUCCUCUAAACGAUUUAUGCAAAAACACCUGGAAUGCUUUCUGUUCACUUUUGGUUUUUGCUUAUGUUAUGCCAUUUCAGCAGAUUACGACUGGUUUCUUAUGCUACCAGAACUAGGGCUUUUUGGGACGUAUUCAAAACUAGGUCAUCUUGUGGUCUCUCCCCCCUCCCACUUUUUAUUGAAAUUGUUCCUCAUCAGUCUUCCCUGCACCCCAGUCCCCAAAUAACUUUCUUAACUAUGUUACAUAAAGGGAUUUAGUCAGGAUGCUACACAUCAGGUUACUCUCCCCUCUUCUAUAAGUCUUUGUAAACAAGUACCGGUAAUAUAUUCCUAGCAGAGGAGAAGCCAGCCUUUAAAGAGUGAAAGAUUUUAGGCCUUAAUUUCAUAUGUAAAAAUUACCAGUGCAUUUCCCCAAAGUUCAUAAUUUAUGGUUGACUUUUGUUUCAUCCUGUUACAACACAAGCUCACUAGAAAUCCAUCUACCCAUUAAUUCACUCUCGCUAUUUCUUUCCUAUGUUCAGCUCGACAACUUGACGUUGGACAUUUUUACAAUCCAGUCUUAAAGUGUGCUUCACCAGCAUGAAAAUUGUUAGGGUGGAGCAUAAGUACAGCUACAUGAUUCUUUUUUUAAAAAAAUUAUUCCAAGUAACAUUUUUACAGAUCAGUUUCAUUUGUUGAGACAUUAGUGUUACAUUAGGAAGAAAAUGGGGAGAGAGGUAGAGGGGGGAAAGGCGAGUGGGGGUGGGGUCGGGUGGCGAUGUUUCUAUUUUACUUAAUAUAUGUGUGGGGUUUCGUGUCAGCAUCGCUUGUGCAGGUUCUCUGCUAUUCGCUUGUGAAGUACAGCUACAUCAUUCUGAUUACAUCGCAUAUUAUGACAUAGCAGUAUCCAAGCACCAUUAUGACAUUGUUGCAGUAUUAAUCGCAGACGUUUAGUGUUUGGGAUGGAAGUGACUUCUCAGAAAUUAUGCUGAUAAUCUCUCAUCUUAAAUUGUGGUUUUUGUUUUGAGUUGCUGUGAUUAAAAAUCAUGCGGUGUGAUAUAUAUUUGAAAUUAAAUUUGCCCCUAAAUUUAAGAAUUUAUUGGAUUGAGGUUAGGGUUAUGAAGUUAGAUGAUGUUUAUGCAUCUAAUUGUGAGGACAUAUAUUUUUAGUUUUGUAAAUGCUGGGCUCAUAUGCACACUGACCUCAGAGUAAACUCAAUUGAACACAGUGGGCUUUACUUUUGAGUAAAUAUGUGUGUUUUGAGUAAAGAUUGUGUUGCACUUCUAAGUACCCUCAGGUGCAGCCAUUUAAGAGGUCCCCCUCUAUCACUGGUUGUAAGGAGGAAUUAAAAGUAAUAACCAACAGGUGCUGCUUUGUGUUUUUGUUGCAGUUAAUCUUGAAUAUAUAUCCAAAAGCAACCCUUUGAAUUUUGCUUGCUUGCUGAUUGUAAAUGUGCUGGAGAACAAAAUUACUGCAACACGUUAUACAUGGGGCUGCCUCUGAAGACAGUUUGGAAACUGAGGCUGGUGCAGAAUUCAGCGGCCAGGUUGCUCACUGGGGCAAGACGGUUUGAGCAUGUUACACCGAUUCUGGCCUGACUGCACUGGCUGACAAUUAGUUUCCAGGCCCAAUUCAACGUACUGCUUUUGACCUAUAGCGCCUUAAACGGCUCAGAACCGCAAUACCUCAAGAAUGGCCUCUUCUUAUAGGAACUGAUUCAGAUCCUGCAAUCAUCAUCUGAGGCCCUUCUUUGUGUGCCUCCUCCAUGAGCGGUCUGGAGGGUGGAGGUACGAGAGUGGGCCUUUUCUGCAGUGGCUCCUCAUUUUUUGAAUGCUCUCUCCUGGAAGGCUUGCCUGACUCCUUCAUUCCACAUCUUUAGACUCCAGGAGAAAAACAUUCCUCUUCUCCCAAACCUUUGGCUAAUUAAACAAUUGAUGGUCUUUUAAACUGUGUGUGCGUAGGGGAGUUAUCAUUUUUGUUCGUUUCUAUGUUAUGUAUUUCUGCGUUUUUAUAUUGCAAACCACCCUGUGAUCCUUGGAUGAAGGGUGGUACAUAAAUUUAAAAACAAACAAACAAACAAACAAACAAACAAAAACAAACAAACAAACAGUCUUUGCUAUAAUUCUAUAGCCAAUGAUUACGGUACUUAGUCUUUACCCUCAAACUGUAACAUUAGCAUUUGGGAGUUUAAAAAUUAGAAUGCAUGAUUCCCAGGAAGGUGAUGGUGGGCAAACAGCAGAUGGACAGGGAAAGGGCAAGAGGGGUUGUGUAUAAAUUAUUGCUGUGGUCUUUGGUGCUGGAGAACCACAACAGAAAAGGGUUAAUGGAGUCCCAUCCUCUGCAUCUCUACAUCAGUUAAGGUGGUUGAGUGUCCUCCUUUACAGAGACCCAUCCUGUGUAUAUGAAGGGCUGUCUACUCCGAGUCUGGUUUAAAGAUAAAGAACCAUAAGGAGGGAGAGCAGGAGGGGUCUUGAAGUUGCUCAUCCACAGUUUGCCACUUGAGCAGUGAACUGAGUAGGCAGACACAGAGGUCACCAGGUCACAGUCUUGUUCCCUGCUAUGGUGAGAUGUAUUCUGUUUCUAUUUAAAUCAUAGCAAUUGUUUCUAAAUGUACAUGUAGACAUAUAAAUUAGCACGUGCAAAUUGUUAUGCAAAUCACUGUCCUCUUCUUUGGAAAUGUAUACCUGGCUACCCUAGUGUCAAGUCAUCUUGUGCUAUAAGACAACAUUUCCAGACUGCGGUUGUUUGGGGGUAGGAUUCAAACACAAAUUCAGGCUGCAGAAUUAUAGUUGCUUGGGAGAUCUUGUGCAACAAAUCCAGUUCCUCAAAAGAUUGAACAAUAAGGAAAGUGAUGGGAAAUGCACAGGAAAAUGUACGAUAAUAAAGCUUUGGUGCAACAUCAUUUAACCGGCACACAAAUCAGAACAAGUGCUCAUUUAAUAGCCAACGUUGCCUCAUCUCCAUGCAAACAAAUCAGCAUGAAUGCUCAAUAAAUAUGUUGUUUGGAAGCACCCUUAGCUACUGUCAUUGUAUUUCUUUCUUUUUCUGUUUUCGCACAACAGAAUGGAAAAGGCGAAAUACAAAGAUCAGUUGUGGGACAGGAGCAUAAGGAAAUGACAAAUAUGUUCCCUGACCCAAAGUGUCCUACAUAAAAAGCAGCUUUAUAACCAUGCUGGAGUUAUAAGUGAACUGCAGCUGUACUUCUGUGCUCAUUUUGGUCCUUCUGAAAUCAUGGCUGAAUAGUAACACUGAUGCAUGCAUGUAUUCAGGGGCAUUCUGCACUCAACUCACCGUAAAAGGAUUGUUUUUUUAAAAAAGAUGGCAAGCUUCGAGAUAGAAGUUUUAUUUAGGUUAGGCAACUGUCUAAGGGGCUCCUCUAAUUGGUUCUAGCAGAGCUUUUCCUCUAGUGGCAACUCCGUUUAAACUAUUUAAGGUCGAAUAAAUUGCUCUGUAAUGCUAAAAAAACCCCAAAACCCCACAUAUAUACAGAUGUUCCCAAAAUGAGUAAUCACCUUCUGUGCUUUUCCCCCCAAGUACCACAGGUUGUAUUGAAGAAGGGCUAAUUGAAAUAUAUUUUUAUGGUUCAGGAACAGGGAUAUGUACUUGUCUUUAAAAGGGAUCCAGCAGUAUUGUUUCCUCCUUGUUUUCAUUCCUCUCUUAGUCUAUCUGAAUUCAGAUAUUUUGAUUGGGGUGGGAGCACUCACAUAGUAAAGUCCUCCAGGACUACAGCACUUCAGAAUGUGGAUGAAGGAAUGGCAUAUCUAUCAUCUAUAUCUAUACAGUGGUGCCCCGCAAGACGAAUGCCUCGCAAGACGGAAAACCUGCUAGACGAAAGGGUUUUCCGUUUUUGAGUUGCUUCGCAGGACGAAUUUCCCUAUGGGCUUGCUUCGCAAGACGAAAAUGUCUUGCGAGUCUUGAGAUUAUUUUUUUUGCUUCCCCCCCCUUUUUUCUAAGCCGCUAAGCCGCCAAUAGCCUUUUAGCAGCUAAACCGCUAAGCCGAUAAGCCUUUAAUAGCCGCUAAACCGCUAAUAGCGCUAAUCCGCUAAGCCGCUAAUAGGGUUGCUUCGCAAGACGAAAAAACCGCUAGACGAAGACACUCGCGGAACGGAUUAAUUUCGUCUUGCGAGGCACCACUGUAUCUAUCAUCUAUCUAUCUAUCUAUCUAUCUAUUUAUCUAUCUAUAAUAUUGGUCUUGGUCUAUUGAGACUUUAACACCUACUAAGAUGGUGUUUAUAAUGUUGCUUUUCAUACUGCUGUUCUUUUGAUUGCUGCUUAAUUAUUUUAUUAUGUUGAUUGUUUCUUUAUGAACCCCCCUUGAAAUGCUUACUGAAGGGUGUAAAGCUACAAAAUAAAUAGUGCCCUUUAUCAAACUCUCCUGCAUUUUGAAAGCUAGCAGCUCAGAAAGUCUGUCUUUAGGCUUCUCCCUUAUACUCUUGAUUUCCAUGUUCAGUUUUUUUACACUGAGCAGCAUUUAAAAAAGAAAAACAUUUCCCUGUUCCUGAACUCUGAAAUGGUAUAUGCCCAUUUUCAUGAUAUUUGAACUAGCCCAGUACAGGAACUAACAACAGUUGAGGGUUUGUUACACUUAAGCAACUGUUCAUGUGAAUGUGACCAUACGCAAAAUGCAAACUAACUGGGGUUUCAUUACUAAACCAUACUUUAAUUAUUACACGUGCUGAAUGUUGUGACAAUUUCUUAUUAACUUGCUGUAACAAUAUGACGGUUGAUUUGACUAUGAAAUAAAGUGCAUUAGGCUGAAACUCAAAACAGACUUACUAGUAAGAAGUAAGCUCCCUUGAACACAGUGGGACUUCUUUCUGAGUAAGCAUGCCUAGGAUUGUGCCAGUAUUAAAUUAUUUGUCAGCAGGAUGGAAUCAAUGAAUGGCCAUUUAAUUUAGGCAUUGGGCUGAACCCAACUAUGCUUUGCUCAGAAUUGACCCGCUGAAAUUAAUGAACUUAAGUUAGCCAUGUCAAUUAAUUUCAAUGGGACUACUCUGAGUCAAGCUAACAUUGGAUACAACCUUUGGUUUAUUACUAUUAUCAUUUAUUAGUAUUAUUCAAGACACUUAUUCUAACCCUGUGUAUUAUUCUGACCAUGUACUUUGGUUUAACUCAAGUUAAUAAUGACAUUAAAUCAUUUAAAGGGUGCAUUUCACACAGGAGCUUCCCUCUUAAGGCAAAUAGAAGUUUCAGGGUGCAAUGUUUCUGUUGGAAAAACAGCUCAGGGGAAGAGAAUUAACUUCCUUUCCCCAUUCUGUGGCCCUGAUCCAGAUAGGGGACCCUCGUGGCUGCUUUUUAUUAUUAUAAAAAAUACAUUUAUAGGCAAUCAUGCAUUUUACAUAUUUUCUGGUUUGGUCCACUUUAUAUAUUACAACAACCCUGGACAAUAAGUCAGUAUUUUUAUCCACAUAAUGCAGACUUGGGGGUCUGGGGUUGAGGCUCAGAAGUGUGGUUUGCAAAUUUCACUGCAGAUGUGAGAUUUGAACUAAGAGCGCUGGCUUUUAGCUGUUGUGCUGAAGUAAAUUUCAUCUGCAGGGAAUGGGGUCAACUAAAAAAUAAUCACAACUUUCUCAUACCCUAAAAGAUUACAGGAUAGAAGUGGCAAUAAAAAAAUCCUUCUUCUUUAUAAAGGCAUCUAAUAUUUCAAUCUGAGGCAAGGGAAAGACUAAGCAAAAAGGUUACAAGUUCAAGGACUCAAACAUAAUGGCAGAGAGCAGCCUAUUUGCUCUUUUUUAUAUUUUGCUCUAGUCUACAUCCUAUGCACUAUAUUACAUUGAUCAGCUCUCAUUUGCUGGCACUUUUAAGCCUUCUGUCCCAAAGGUGCCCCACAAGGUGUGAUGACCUGUCUUUCAAUUUCAAAUCCAGAAGUGAAAGAAGGUGCAGAGUAUGGGUACCAACCUUUUUGGGCCAGUGGGCACAUUUGGAAUUUUUUUUUAAAUGUCAUGAGCACCAGUCACAAAAUGGCUGCCAUGGGAGUGUGCAUAACACAAAAUGGCUCCAUUGGGCACGUGGCAUAACACAGAAUUUCUGCCUUAUCUAAAAGGGCAGAAAAGUUGACAGGGCCACAAAAUGGUGUGAAUAUGUUCCCUUAUCAGCCCCCCAUCAAUGUGGAAAAGACACCUAGACCAUUCACUGCUGCACUGACACACAGCUAAAAGCUCUUUGCACCUCUUGGGUGGGUGUCCAGUCUUGGCAUCCAAUGAAAUGUGAAUAUGUUAAAGGGGCUUGUUCCAUACAGGAGAGGCUGAGCCAGUGUAAAAAAUAACUGAUCAGGAAUAGCCAUCUCUUGUACACUGGAGAGUUUUGAGGACAUACUGAGAACUUUCACAGGCACCAUAGAAGGUACUGGAAGGCACAUUGGUGCCUGCAUGUGCCACACUGGCGACCGCUGCUGCAGAGGCAGUGGAAGCUGCAAUAAUGCAAUUUGGUGUUGGAACAUUUAAAAGGAGUGAGGACUCCCCUCAUCAACCACCAACAUUUUUACUCAUUCUCACUAAAUGGGUUGUUUAUGCAUUUUACUCAGCAGAAGAUUCCACCAUGUUCAAUAGGGGUUGCUACCUAGUAAAUGUCUUUCAACGUAAAACAUAUUCUGAAACAUGCUUCUAGAUUAUUUAGUUCCCAGCAUGUAACGUUUGCCUUGGGGUGUUUUGGAAAACAAAACAGUUGAAAAGACUGAACAUGACACCAUAAUUAUAAAAUAAAUGUGGACUAAUAAAGUAAUUAAGCCAACAUUUCUUCCUAUAAGCAUUACAAGGGAACAGGCUCCCCUCAUGUUGUUGAUCAAAUUUCAGAUUUUUUUUUCAAGAGGAGAAGAAGAAAGAGAGAAAAGAGAUAUCUGUUUUUCUCAGAUGGAUAUAAAAGGGCAUUUACAAAGCCUGCCUUCUCAAAAUGUGAUGCUUUAUUGGUGAACUUGUGAAGUUCCCUUCUGCAGAUUUCAUGUCCAAUUUUGUCAGACAAAAUAAGCUUUUAAGAUACAUGGGGUAACAAUUGCAGAGUUUGUCUCUGCAAGGCAGUCUGGGCAUAUCACAUUCCAGCUGCAUUUGCUCUCCUUCGUGCAUUAUUGACCACAAUACUAAUUCUGAAAUUGUAACCUGUCUUAAAUUAUCUCAUUACAAGCACCACAAUGCAUGUGUUGUAGAUAAAGGAGGAGCAAUGGUUUUCAUUCUGGAGUUCAUGUGACUUCACAUAAAAUUUAUUUCAAAACCACAGGAGUCUCUGUGGUAAAAGGUUUAAGUGCAUGACACAUGUAAGAGAGCUCCACUGUGACACCCACUGACACUUCUGUGGUGGCUGUUCAUGUGCUCAAAUUCCAGAGCUAUAUAAGGGCGUGACUGGAAGCUCAUAAAUGUGAUCCAGAAUGUAAGAGACUUCUGUGCUACAGAAAGAAGCAGUAAAUGGGAAGGAAAGAGAUUGUUUCAGGGCUUGGGCUGGGAAGACUGGAUGGUGGGUAGGAGGCAGAGAAAUGCGGAGCAGUGAUUAAGUUGGAAAUGGAGGUCUGAUGGGGGAAAUGACCACUGAAAGUGAAGGUGGAGUUACUGUGCUGUCAUUUGCCAUUUCAGUAGGGAUGAGGGAGAAAAUGGAUUCACUUCACAUUUAAAAGUGAACCUAUCAAAUUCUCACUUCCCCAAACAAUUUGCAAAUAGAAAUACUGUCAUUUUUCAAAAUUCACGCUUUACUGAAUUUUGCCAUGAGAUUUUCCAGUCAAGUAACAUGUAUAAAAAUGCAUGUAGUAGGUUAAGGUGUGCAUAGAAAUGCAUAUAUAGCAGUGAAAAUAACGUGCAAAAUACAUUAUAUUACGAAACAAUUGCUUGGCACAAUUGUGCGUAUUAGGCAAAACUGCCUACAAAGUGUGUGUAUUAGGAGAAGUUUGCACUAAAAUGCAGAUGAAUUUUCACAAGGCCUUUUAAAAAAAUUGCAAACUGAUGCAGAAGUGUGGAGAACUGAAUUUAAGCUGGGGGGAGGGGAGAGAGAAAUUGAGAGAAAUUGAAAGUGAUAGUUUCACCCACCCCUACUCCUCCAGUUCCUUUGUAGUCUUCUCAGGUUACGCCAUUCUGUGCUCCCCGAACUCAUGUGUCCUUUUGUCAGUGCUUUCAUUCUUGAGUCCUCUAUUUUUCCUCAUCCUUGUCAUCUUUGCUUCCUGCUUUUGCCUGGCUUCCUUCAGGACUUUCCUCCUUCAGAGCAGUUAUCUCAGCAUGUUCCUUCUCUAUGCCCUGCAUAACCCCGCAGAGGUGCAAUUCCAUGUAAAUAGCUUUUGCCUUGAUUGGAAUGUGGCCCACUUGAAUAAAUGAGUAUGUGGUGAUGUAGGAGCAUAUAUAUAAAUAUUUAAAGUUUGAGAGGGCUAAGGAGAUAGAUAACAUGUGUAAAAUUGCCAGGAAAGAUCACCACGCCAUCUUAAUGCACUGUGUUAUCUGCAUACUGCAGUAUGGCACAAAAGCAUCUCAGAAAACAUCUGCAAUCUGCAUACUUAGUGUAGAGAAUAUAACACCUGCAGUUCUGGGGCACAUACCUGGAACUUGAAGCACACACUUGGGAGAUUAUGGUAAGCCUUGGGUCUAGUUCUUGCUAAAAUAGUAACCUCUGCGCUGUACCAUUCAAGACUAUAAAUGGGGGUUCAUAGAAAUGAAUGCUCCCUGCACACGAAUGUUUCCUCCAUGCAAAACACUGCAACUCAUGGGAAAGAGUUCUGGUCUACCCUUGUUCCUGACUUGCUUUGGGAGUAUAGAAAACAUGUUGCCAUUGGAAACAGAGGGAUGUAAAUUUGACUUGGGUGUUGUGCUGUCUUACUUUAUAUGGGCUGGCAUAUGCUACCAUUGCAUUGAAUAAACAAAUAAUGGAACUUUUAGGCUUUAGAAGAAAACAGAAGGCCACAAUCCAACACAAAGUUCAGUCACCUAAAUUCAGUUGUUUCAGUUACGAUCCCUCCCCUCCAUUUCCCAGAUUUCUGCUGUAGUGCACAAUAAAGAUGAGGGGAUUGUCCCAUGAAAAGACAAAUGUAUUUUCAGCCCAGCUUGUAAACACAAUCACCCUGGGAGCAGCUUGGACUGUGCUGGUAAUGAGUUGAUUUCUGAAAGCUGUGCUUGACUAGCAAGGGACAGUAUGAGACUCAUUACACAUGCUAAAGCUAUUUUUGGUCAUCUGCAUACUAUCGCUUGCUUUUUCCUAUAGGACUAAUUGCAGUCGUUAACAGUCGUCAACAGGUUUACCAUACCCAUUGAGUCAAUCACCCAUCUCCUACUACCCUUCUAAGAAAAACCCCACCCCACCCUCCCACUAUAUAAGGGUCUGGUGACUUCUGUUUCAGUGUAUCUGAAGAAGUGUGCAUGCACACGAAAGCUUAUACCCAGAACAAACUUAGUUGGUCUCUAAGAUGCUACUGGACUAUUUUUUAAUUUUUCAUUUCAACUGCGUCAGACCAACAUGGCUACCUACCUGAAUAAUUAAUGGUCAGUUAUAUUUUGUGAUGUGUUUUGUAUUUGUUGUAUGAAGGAAAUUUUAUUGUUAAUUAUAUGCUGUUCAUCACUGUUAUGUUUUUCCUUAAUGCUGGUGAUAUAGAAAACGUUACAAAUAAAUCAACAAGCCUAUAUGCCAAAGAAUUUUUAAAGGAUUUUUUUAAAAAUAAAAAAAGAUUGCCAGUUUCAUAAAGGUAAAUGGGUUUGAUGCAGGGUGCAUAGGAAUAAUCCACUGUUCUCUCUGUCCGUGCAGGAGUACUUAAGUGAGGCAUGCAAUAUUCCCCUGCAUCGUGCUAAGGAGUUACAUGACUAGCAGAGACAUGGAAAAUUGCAAUGUCAUUACAUUAGGCAAAAAAACGGUGCACAAAAAUGCAUCCAACUACGUUAUAUUCAGGGUGGACCCAUUGAAAUUGCUGAACCUGUUAGUGAUGUCCAUAAAUUCCAAUGGAUCUACUCUGAGUAGAAGUAUCAUUGGAUACAACCCAAAUAUUUUUAUUGGCCCAUUUCUUUUUCAGGGGGACAAUAAAUGAGUUAGAACACUUUACAUAAUAUAAUCAAAGCCAUUAUACACUAUAAUUAAAUGAUCUAAUCUCAUUUGAAUAUCAAUAAAAAGUAACAUAUUUAUAAUGCUUCUAUUGACACUAAAAACAUGCAGAUACUCUUUUAUAUUGCAUAAAAUGUUUGUUGUGCAUCCUUAAGAUUUCAUCUCUCUGAGUCUCUCCCCAUCCUCUCUAUCCCCCUGUUAUUUAGUGUGUUGCUUCUUCUGGCUCCUCUUUCAUUGUUAGUCAACUUUACAAUGGGAGUGCAACCUACAGCAGUCCACGAAGGUUAAGUCUUUGACAUAUUUAAAAUAUCCUGAUCAUGUGUCAGAUUGUGUAUAUUGUGAUUGAUCCAGGAAGUACAGCUUUAUAUUAUGUAUUAAUAUUUAUUUCAAUUUUACAUUUGUUUCAAAUAUAUUUGUUGGGUAUUCUUUGUUUUCACAUGAAGAAUUUGCACGUAGAAAAGGUUCUCCUGGCAUCUCACUUAAAAAUGGCCAGGUAGCUAGAUAAAAGAAAAGACCUUCAAAUCCUGGACAGUCACUGCUAGUCAGAGCAGACAGUUCUGAGCUAGAUGGGCAAUUAUCCUGAUAAAGCAACUUCCAAUUACUGCAUUCAUUUAAAAACCAUAUUGACAUUCUAGAAACAGCUGUAGCAUAUGACUUCACAAUUGCCACUAUUUGAUCAUGGGAGAUAUUAAGCACUUCAUACAGAUUACUGAGAUCCCUUAAUGUUUGUCAAGGUAUGGAGUAACUUUGUAAUGUCAAUUGACAGACAGCCCAUUCAAGACUAUACUCUGUGAUGGUUUUUCUUUUGAAGUGUAUGUGUGGCAUGUGUAUGUAUGUGUGUCCAGUAAUGAUCAAUGAAUCUGCUUUUGUAUAAACCGGAAUUUAUAUUUUUAGAAAGGAUCUAUAGAGCCUGUCCCGUGAAUUUGUGUUCACCCGGUGCUGCAAAGGUCACAGAGAAACUGGUUAAAGAGUAUGUUUGCAUAGCUUUCCAGUGAUAUAAGAACAUAUUUCAAGACUGUGCAUUACAGCUCCCGAGCUAUGAGGCAAGCCAGGCACAGGCAUUUUAUCUCAGAACAAUGCUCCUGAAUGCUCUUCUCUUAGCAUUAGCCCACUUUUUUUUUUUAAUGCCCUUGGACAUCUAUGUUAGCGGACAGUGUUGCCUUGACUUUUUAAAAACUUUUUGAAUUGCAGAAGAAUCUUUUGAAUGCAGUGCCUAAUUUAGGUCAGGGAUCUACAGAGCAAUGCUGUCAGUGUCUGUUUUUGCAUCUGAAUAUCUGCUCGCACUUACUUAGUUUUCAGGCAGCCCAAGAAGAUAACACUAAAUACAGAACACAGGUUGGAGAAAUGUUGUGCUCCCUCAAGAUGAGCUAAAAAGUUAACAGUAACUUUUGUACAUGUGAAAAGUUACUGAAGACACAUAUGUUGCUUCUGAUAUCAUUUCCAGUUUACUUACUGGAUGGCUCCACUCCUAUAAACAGCAACCAUGUGCAAUAUCAUUGACAAAGUGGUUUACUAAGUCAGAGUUGGAGCAAGGUUGUGGGCUACUAUACUAAAUUUACCAUUGUUUUAAACAAACUGUUCUGGGGUGGCUCAAUCGGUAGAAACGAGACUCCUAAUCUCAGGGUUGUGGGUUUGAGCCCCACAUUGAGAAGUAGAUCCCUGUAUUGCAAGGGCUGGACUGGAUGACCCUCAUGGUCCCUUCCAACUGUACAGUUCUAUGGCUGUAUACAUAAAGCAAAGAAUUAACAAUGUUACAUGAGUAUCAUUUGAAACUGGGGCUUAAAGUAUGUCACAUUUUCAGAACAUAAAAUCAUUUUGCAGUGUUGUUCCCCAGGAAAUGCUACUGAAAGCAAAAUUCUUUGCCUGUUUUUUCAGAAGUAGUUACCACUGUGUUCAAUAAUAAGGGAGUUUAAUACUGAGACUCCAGUGGCAUGCUGCCUCUGAAUCUGGAGGUUCUAGAUGGCCAUCAUGACUAAUGAGGCAUGGAUUUAAAAGGCAUCUAAACUAGGGGCCGUCAUUUGCAUCUUGUGACACAAAAUGCCAUAACUUAAUUAGGUGUUGUGAAAUAUGUACUUUGUUUUGUCUGACCUGAAUCUAUUGCCAGUUUCAUGGGAUGACCUCGUUUGGAGAGAUUCUUCUGGAGCUUUUUGCAUCACCAUCCAGAAUAAUUGGGUGCCAUCCACAACCUUGCAAGUUUGUUGCCUACAUCCAGAUCAUUUAGGCACUAAUUAAACCACUCCUACUACAGAUCCUUGGGGUAUCUAACUUCAUACUUCCAUUUAUUUUAAGAUGUGUCUGUGAUUACCUAUUUAAUCCUUAGAUCAGUGAAUGGUUAAACAAGGAAACAGAGACUAGGAGUAAACAGGCAAUUCUCACAAUGGAGGGAAAUGAGUUGGGAUCUCCUAAUGAUCUGUAUCCUUUCAGCCCCUUCAGUGUUUGUAGCCAAGUGCGCAAAACAUUGCUCCUGCAUGCUGAUUAUCAAUGUGUCUUGCAUCCUAAUAUGGUACCUUAAGUUUGACCUGCUUUUCAGACAGUACUAAGCUUUAAAAAUAAGCCUCCCUCAUACUAAUGAGCUUACAAAAUCAUUAGUCCCCUCUGGAAAAAAUUAAAACCAACCAAUCAAUCAUUCAUGAUCAUCUUACUUGCUAAGGCUGAUGAAGAGUUCUGACAUAUUUGCGGUAGGUGCUUUAAUGUGAAAGAUGGUAGAUAUAAAGUUCAGGUGCCAUAGGAGCCAAAAAUUGUAGCUAGCAUAAGUUACUUUUUGAUCUAUUUGUUUCAACAAUUUAUAUGCUUCUCAACUACAAUCGUCACUAAGUGGUGUACAAAAAAUGCAAUACAUAAAAGAUGGAAACUGGUUAAAAUGAUAAAAUGAGACUUCAAUUAAAAUGUUUUCAUAAGGCCCUGGGGAUUCAGCAGAGAGGGAGGCUCUUUGAUCUCAACUAGAAGGGAGUUCCAUAAAAUAGGGCCCACAAUACUGAACACAUGGCCUCUGGUGGAUAUUACCCUUGCACCCAAGUCAUGGGGGGCUGCUAAAACUGACUCCCAUAUGGAUGUUAAACAGCACUGAAGACAAGUUGGUACCCUGCAGUACACCAUGGUGCACAGAUCAUGGCACUGUAACACAGUUCCCCAAUGCUACUCUCUGGACACACACUGUAGAUAGGAGUGGAACCACUGUAAAACAAUGCCUACAAUACCCAUCUCAAAGAGUCCAUCCAAGGGGAUAGUAUGCUUGUCAUUAAAGGUGCAGGAGCCCUGCCCUCUUUUGCACCUGACCGCUUACAGCAGGCAAGCAUUCUUCAUUUGCACCAUAUAUAUUUUGUGAGAAGACCAUUUGUUCCCAGAAACCUUUACGCUGUCUCUUAUUGUCUGGCUAUUGUAUUGAUUAGCUAUUGCUGACAUUGGUCUGACCUCUUAUUCUGAGAUAAUAGGUCUCAUAUACUUAACCUGUUUUUGUUUUUUUGUUUUUUUACUAUGAACUGUUUCUUGUCUUGACAUAAUGCAAUAUUCCCUACCAGGGCAUGAUCCACAACAUUCUCCUAUGCAGAACAGGGGUGAGAAGCUCAGGCCUGGGCUGCAAUGUGGCUCUCCAUAUGGGUCCCAAUGUGGCUCUCUUCGUUGUGUUCCUGUGUUGUAUGCAGGCAAAAUGCUGCCUUCGGCCCCAGCCACCAAGUAAUCUUUGUAGUUAACAUCCUUAUGGUCAAGGUGGAAUACCAUGGUUGAGCAGAAUUAACUUUUUUCCCCACCUGGUGAACUGCAUUGUUCAGGCUCCAGGCCAGGGAUUUGGCUAUGUCUUCUGUGUGGGUUGUUUGCCCUUUGUAUACAAGCAAAAGUAUUUAAUUUUCUAGACAGCAUUCUGAGGGGAGGGCAGGUUCUGGGUGAAUGUGUCUUGCUGUUUGGGGGAAUGUCGCUUGCAUGGUAGUAUUGCUCUCCCCUCUCCUGUGUCUUGGCUUUGCUCCUGGUGUUUGCAAUCCUCUUCUGUGUUACAGCCUGCAGAAGCCUGUCACCAUGUGACCCAGCCAUAAGCUCAAUUUGUGCUUGUGUGACUUCAGAGGCAUUGCAGAUGUCUAUUGUCCUUUAUAAACUCAGCCCCAAUUCCCUUAGCAAUUGCUCCUUUAGUCUUCUAUCAGUCACAUUCAACACAAUUUUGUCCUGGAGCAUGUAAUCUUUGUGUCCCCAAAUUCCCAAUUUCUUGCUUUCUGCCUCAGUGAUGAAUCAUAUUUGUUGAUCUGGGUUUCUGCUAAAUGAGGAUGAGAAAAGAACUGGUUUCUUUCAAAAACAACAUUCUUCUGAGGAUUAUAAUAAUUCCUAAGUCCUGUUGAACAGCAUCCUUCUCAGCUGCUUCUGUAUUUAGCUGUUGAGCUUGGAUGUUGUAAAGGUCCAGGCCAAGGAUUUCUCCAACUACAUGUCAGCAAAAUAGCAAUAUUGAUGUAUUCCUUUUCUCUUUCUCUCUUCAAUAUAGUUUUGUUAACAGAAUCAGGGCAGCCGAGUCUUUUAGGCCAAGAACGGUUUACCUUCAGUCAGCCUCCACCUGCCUAACUCCUUGCUUACGUCCAGUCUCAGGGAUGGCACUGGCUGUCAGCCUCCUCCUCCUGUUCCUUAGACUCAGUUUUGCCUUUGGAUAACCCAGGGAGGAGGAUGGGGACAAAAGCAGAAUUAGCUGGCUCUACCAGCUAUUUGCUAUGAUUCCACCUACAGUUGGCCGCCCUGACUUCUGCCCUACCAGUCCUAAUAAGCACGAAUCCCCACUGAAUUUUCAUAGAUUCAUAGAAUUCUACAGUUGGAAGGGACCCCAAGAGUCAUUUAGUUCAACCCCCUGCAAUGCAGAAUAGAACUGUCUGUUUUGAAAAUCUAACAUGGAAGAGAUUCUAACACUCCCCUUCCUCUUCACUGUCUGACUGUCUGCUAUCAUAGCUAGCUUACAAAAAAAAAUGAUGAUGUUGUAAUACUUUUUAUAUAAAAAUGGUAUUUUAUCAGUUACAUUGGAGCUCAUUUAAAUUGAAGCUGCUUUUGGGGUCUUUUAAAUAAAUAAGUUGUUUAAAGAACAACCACCACAACCACAAUGCUUUGUGUAGAAUUAUCACGGACAGCACUUUUUGUACUUCAUUGACAUUUGCCUCCAUUCCCCCACCUCCACAUAUGAUAUGUAAAUAUUAUAAUGGAGUGCUUUGAGGAAACACCAGUCAGGAAGCUAGAUAGAGCUUACUACCUCACUUAAACUAACUCUCUUAAAGCUGGUGCAAAAUUCAGUGGCCAGGUUGCUCACCGAGGCACAACAGUUGGACCAUAUUACACCAACCCUGGCCUGACUGCACUGGCUGCCAAUUAGUUUCCGGGCCCAAUUCAAAGUGCUGGUUUUUACCUAUAAAGCCUUAAACAGCCCAGGACUGAAAUACCUCAAGGACCACCUCUUUCGAUAUGAACUAACUCAGACCCUUCUUCAUGUCUUUCCAUGAGAGACCCAGAGGGCAGCAAGAGGAGAACAGGCCUUUUCUGUGGUGGCUCCCUGUUUGUGGAAAGAGGAGCCAUGACCUCACAUAUUCUCUCUUCACAUGUUAUACGUAUGUUAUGCUUGUGUGAGUAGACCAUUUACACGAGCAGUUAUUUGUGCAUAUACCAUAUUAGUUGGCUCUUAAAAAACCUAGCUAUUGAAUUCUCUCUCACCCACAACUCCCAAGCUCUUUCCUGUGGCAUGCUGGAGUAGAAAAUGUUUCUCUGCUUCACUUUCUUCUCCUUGGGAUUGUCAUUUGCUUUGUACUUUUGCUCCCUAAUUUCAAUUUCCAGGUUGCAUUCCCUGGACACCACUUGGAGAAAAUCUCCUGUUAGGUUUGUGUACCAGUCUGCAGUAGAGCUAAUUUCAUAGUGAAUUAAUUGUUUCCUUAAGGAAUGUGUAGCAGUGCAACCUGUUGUUGGCAUUAUAUAUCAUCAUCGUAAUAAAAAACUUUAUAUUUGAAGUCACAAACAGCUAAUAAUGUAUUUGGAAUUUGUGGAGAAAAACAUGCUAGCACUUCCAAGUUAUUUAGGAAGUGCUUGUGAGUACCAGUUUGGGGGAGUGAGUUUGCAGUUAGCAGAUGUGUACUACCAAUUCAGACAUUUCCAGGAUUUAGCACUGCACUGCAGAAUGAUGCCUAGGUUCUCAUUGCUAGUUAAUGGGAAGUCAGGCACGCUUGCUGAUAAGUUUCAUUCUAUCAUGACCCUGGAGUCCAGCAGUGACUGGGACACCAAGGUGGAAGCUACAGUGUCAUUGACUAAGCAGCUACACUAGCUUUCUACACUGCUGCUAAUGAUCAGGGGACCUCUGAAUCCAAGGCUGAUGCACAUGAGUUUGCUAAACCAGAUCUCACUGCCCAGGGAACUUGAGGCAGGACCCUCAUGGGAGCCUUCCCUUGAGUCUCAGGAACCGAGCACCUCACACCCCACCCCACCAGUCCAACUGCACAGGGAACACACCAGGACGGAAGCCAUGAAUUAGAAGAGAGGUCCCCAUCUUCAGGCAAGAGGACUGGCCCUUUAAUAUCCUUGUUCUCUAGAACACGGGUCAACAAACUUUUUCAGUAGUGGGUUGGCCCACUGUCCUUCAGACCUGGGAGGUGGGCAGACUGUAUUUUGAAAAAGAAAAAAAAUGAAAGAAUUCCUAUGCCCCACAAAUAACUCAGAGAUGCAUUUUAAAUAAAAGCACACAUUCUACUCAUGUAAAAAUACGCUGAUUCCCAGACUGUCCAUGGGCCAUAUUUAGAAGGCAACUGGGUCGGAUCUGGCCCCUGGGCCUUAGUUUGCCUACCCCUGCUCUAGAAGGAGGAGAAGCAUAGGAGAGGUUGGCUAGAGGGAGAUGGUUCAAAGCCUCAGUUCACUUCUUUUGGAACAACUUGUUUGCUAGGAGCUGCCCUUAAUGUCUUGCUCUGUGGGUUCUCUGUGACACCAGGACACUUUCACUCUUCUAACAAAUAUGGAACAGUCAGCUGUAGCAGGAUUUAAAAAAUAUAUAAAUACAGUUCUUGACUAUGCAGCCUAGCAGAAUGCUUUUUUGGAAGUCAUCACCAGCCAAAUUAGAACGGGGUUUUCUGGAAGUUACUGCUGCCUCAGAAAGGUAAGGAUCCCCUACCCAUCCAAAGUGAGGUUUUUAUACUGAUUGUUGCAAAAGUUAAAAAGAAAGAGGCUGACAGCUAUUUCAGUUUUCAACUUGCACAGUUGUAAACAGCUUUUCACAUAGGGUUAUUCAUUUUAUUUCCCUCCUCUCUUCCAUCCUGCAACAUCUAAUACAGGCAAUGACAGCCUUGAGCCUUUCUAAGGCUAAGUCCUCCCAGCAAGGUCUUGCUUUUUAAAAACUAUAUUUAGACUAGGACUGGUACAAGCAAUACAUUUUUGUGACAGUGCUCACUGGUAUGGAGAACUGGCACUUCUUUUGUGGGGCGGUUUGUGGCAGCCAUUUUGUGCUGGCACCCAUUACACUUUUAUUAAUAUAUUAGUACUACAAUCUUUUUUUUAAACCAAAUACCCUACUGGGUACAAAGUUAAAAAGACAUGGAAGAAAUAAUGAAGCAAUUGAUGCACUAGUAUCUGGAGGAGGAGACAAAGCACCACAGCUGACCCAUGACAUCAUGCUGCCUGAGGCAAAGUACAACAAGAUGGUGACCCAUUCCAUAUAUUGAAGUGGGCAGUUGACUCUUACUUCAGCAGUGGUGACAGGACAGAAUCUUCUAUUGCAAACAAGGGCAGCUGAGGGCACAGGGUAGUCCGUGUGGUAUACACAACUCUGUUCUUCAACAUUUCAACGGUUGCUAACCUUUGCUGCCUGAGGUCACCUCUGCCUAAUGGUAGGGAUGGCCCUGCAAAACACAAACUUACAGGAAAAAUAAUAUAAAACAGCAAGGUAGUAUAAGCAGGUUUGUUGACGACCAUCCCUUUGUUGUGUAGCUUGCUUUCUCUGGAGGUGGGUGAUCUUAAGUCAAAAGAGGAACAGACCCCACCUCUUUCCCAGUAGUUCAGCAAAGCCAAUAAAUCUAGCUGAUCCCUAGGGCUGGGCAAAGUGCUGGGCAAAGUGAAGGGGCAGCAAAUACUUUGAGAGAUUGUAUAUCUAUCUACCUCUUUCUGUAUUGGCCUCUGGAGGAAAUGGGGGGGCAGGGGGGAGGCAGAGAGAUAAAAUUAUCACCUUACCUACUUUGUGCAUGUGAUCCUCUGGGAUCAGCAUGGCAAUUAACCUCUAAAUAAGAUAAUGCUUCUGAAGAGUCCUCCAUAGAUUUCCUUUUACUAAUGAGUGGAAAGAAUACACCAGGAUUGUUCACAUAGUACUUUUUUCUUAUAUAUAUAAUGAGUCCCCUGCCCCCUGGCCCCUCUCUGUGUGCUACUGUCCUUGUGCAUCUGCUCAGGCUGAGAAGUGUGGUGUGUGAACUUGAUAUUUCCAUACAGACAGCCACAAUUUGAUUGUAACAGCACUUUCUCAGGUCACUGGUAAUUUAGGAAUGAAUGUUGGAUGUCAUCUGCUUCUGUUGGUUCUUGUUAUCCCAAUAUGUAGAAGGUUGCUAUGCAUUUUAAUUUGUUUAUCAUUGAUUUUUAUUUUUUUAAUGCUUUAAAUAGUUGUUUUGAACUGUUUUUACUUGUAUUUUUAUUGCUUUAUUCUUUUUGGAAACCACUUUGAGGUUGUUGGGUUUGGGUUUUUUUUGGGUAACGAUCAAGCGGUAUAUAAAUGUUAUGAUAUAAAUAAAUAAUUCUUCUCCACAUGAGAAUGUGCCUAUUUACACAUAGCCGAAAGAAACUACUGUAUGGUUUGGCCCAUGGCUCAGUUAUUUUGCUUGUAGUAUUGGGGAUCUGUCAAGAAUGUAGGAAGCAAAAGUGUAUGCCCAGGUAGAACUGGGAAUGGUGCUGGAUGAAGUACCUGGACAGGUGCUCAGGAGGACCAACUAUAGGCUAGGAUCUUAGCUGACAAGUUCAUCCAAAGGCAAAGGCAGUUCCUGCAGUAAGAAUAUGAACAGGAAGAAGGAAAGAAGAGCAAGCAGGCAGAUAGGAAAGUUACUAGGCUGGGUGAAGAGAAUCACCAUAUUAAUGGAACUGAACUUAAGCUAAGCAAGUCCUCUGUUUGCAAGUUGUUUCCAAAGGUGCAGUUCCUAGCCUCCCUCUCAGUUUAUUAAAAGCUGUGUCCAGAGUGAGGCUAAGACCAGUUCAUAUGGAAACAGUUUAUCUCCAGGGAACAUGCUCUCCUCAAGCUCCAUGAAUGAUGUUACAGGGAAUAGGGAAGCAGGAUAGGAGAGUGACAUUCACACUUUUUUGCAGUGCCGUUAUCUAGGCAAGUAAUGUCUACAAAAAUGCAUGUAGACAUGCCUAAAAAUGUUUAUAUUUGUGAAAUAUAAUUGCAUGCAAACAUGUUUAUAGAGAGAAAUUUUCAUUAAAGUUCUGAUGACUUUAAAAAAAUCCCCACAAACUGAUGUGAAAAUGUAAGAGCUGAACUUAUGAUUGCAAAAAUUAGAGAAAAACUGAAGGAUAUAUUUGUUCAUUCCUAGGGGAAAUUAAUAGAUUGCAUGGGAGUGGAAGCUAUGUUGAGAGAGCAGUUCUGUCCAUAUUCCUCCACUGGCCAGCUUUGAGUGUCUCGCCACAAGGGACACCAAACUAGAUGGUUGCUGUUUUGAUUUUUUUCUGAUCUUCACAGAUAACAGUACUACCUGAAAGGAGGCCAGGGACAUCCAGACUGCACUUUAUAAUCCAUUGCCUGGGAAAAUCAAGCCCAGAAAUCUCUCGGUGCAAAAGGAGCAGAAUAAAUAACCUUUAAGAACAGCGUACAUGAAAUCUAUGGCAAUAUAAAAUAGACUGAUUGUUUUGUCUUUGAAUUUCUGUAGCAACUGGGGUUUAUUUCUUUAAUUUUUCUUGAGCAGUUUCUGCCCCCCAACUUGCAUGACAAAUUCAAUAAAAUUCAGUAGAACUAACUUGGAAUCUAAAGGCACCAUUGUCUUUUAAAGGCUAUACAGUGUGCUGCCACUGCUGCUGUUCCCACCACCACCAUUCCUGCUACCGCCACUACCCACUCUGCUGCGUGUCCUGCCAUUUUGGGUGAGAUCUUGCUGAAAAUCAUGUGAGAUCUUGCGCAAUCUGCAAGAUGUCUCACAAAUUUGGUCACCCUGUCUGAUGGCUGGGCCAGCUCUACUGCAUCCCACCACCACUACAGUAAGGUUACCAGAUUUUUUUUUAAUGAAUCCGGGGACACUUUAAACAAACAAACAAACAAACAGACAGACAGACAGACAGACAGACAGACAGACAAAUACAUACUACACGUUUGGGACGUUGAUGCUGCAGCAAUGGUGGUGGCAGAGGGGUGGCCACCUCCUUGACCUCAACCGCCACGUUUUCCCUUCCUCCGAGGCUUCCAUCUCCUUUCUCCAUGGGCCUGGGCAGCCCCUGAGUUGUUGGUUCUUCGGUGGUGGUGGGGAAGUGGUGCGCGGUGGGUCAGGCAUGGAAGGCGGAGAAGGAGGGCCAAGAGUGGCAGCGGCGAGGCUCAGGCAGCGUGAUGCCUCCCUUCCCAUCAGAGCAGCCCCAAUCCCAUUCCUACUUGCGUGCAAGCAGGAGGGGGCAGGGAUCCCUCAGCUGGGAAGGGAGGCUUCCCAUUGCCUAACUGAGGGUUCCCUGCCCCCUCCUGCUUGCACACAAGCUCCAUAGGCAGUGUGAAGUCUCCCUUCACAGCUUAGUUGCUGGGGUCAGGGAAAGUGGAGGCAGCCUGGAAGCUGCAUUUUAGAGCCCCUGCACCGCCAUCAUAUGGGGACUUCUGGUGAGACAAAAUGGCUGGUGCCAUGGAAGCGAGCAGCUCCUGAAGCCAGCCAGAGCCAACUGCACUAACAGGCUGGCUCCGGGCUGCUGAGACUGCCACUGCCAUGUUUCCCAGGUACAUUAGAUGAAAUCCGGGGACAUUCCGGGGAUGGAAUUUGUCUGGGGACAGACUCGCAAAUCCGGGGACUGUCCCCGGGAAACGGGGACAUCUGGUAACCCUACACUACAGGCCUUCAGUAAAAGCAGGUAAAUUAAAUAAUACUGUACUAAGACUAUAAAACUGGGCAAUGUUCAUGUGCAAACGUGGGGUUUUGUGUAUGGACUACAGUGUUACCUUGGGUUAAGAACUUAAUUCGUUCUGGAGGUCCGUUCUUAACCUGAAACUGUUCUUAACCUGAGGUACUACUUUAGCUAAUGGGGCCUCCAACUGCUGCUGCCGCACGAUUUCUGUUCUCAUCCUGAAGCAAAGUUCUUAACCCGAGGUAUUAUUUCUGGGUUAGUAGAGUCUGUAACCUGAAGCGUCUGUAACCUGAAGCGUCUGUAACCCAAGGUACCACUGUAUAUUCUUAUGAAAGAUUGCAUUUGUAGCUUCCUGUGAUCUGAUUAUUUAAACAUUACUGGAUUUGGAUUUGAUAUCCCGCUUUAUCACUACCCUAAGGAGUCUCAAAGCGGCUAACAAUCUCCUUUUCCCCUCCUCCCCCACAACAAACACUCUGUGAGGUGAGUGAGGCUGAGAGACUUCAGAGAAGUGUGACUAGCCCAAGGUCACCCAGCAGCUGCAUGUGGAGGAGCGGAGACGCGAAUCCAGUUCCCCAGAUUACGAGUCCACCACUCUUAACCACUACACCACACUGGCUCUCCUGCAUCAAGAUUUGAUAAACGAGUUAUCUGUAAAGUGUCUAUCAGCAAAAUUCUAUCCAUACUUACUCAGAAGUAAAUCACAUUGACUUCACUUACUGUACUCCUAGGUAAAAGUGAAUAAUAAUAUACACUGCUCAUGAUUGUAGUCUUGGCACAUUCUUAUGCACACUUUCCUGAGAGAAAGCCCCCUUGAAGGCAGUGGAACUUAUUUGGGAGUAAGCACGCAAAGGAUCGCAGCAGAAGACAGCAAUUCUAUGAACAUUUACUUGGGAGUAAAUUCUUUUGAAGAAAAUGGGGCUUAUAUUUUCACCUACCCACAUCAGAACAUGUAUACUAUAUAUGAGUAAUCUUGCCUUGAAGCAGAAGGUCUAUUUGCAUUUUAAAUGCAAAUUGGCAAUUAAUUGAUAAUGAAAUUGAAGGACACUUCAGCCAAUCAGGUCAUGCAGAUGUACUCUACCUUCUGCUUAUGCCAAAUUUGAUGAAGAAGGAAAUUUAAAAGAUUGCAUUUUCUCGUAGUCUGUAUCCAAAAUUAGUAUAUAUGUUUGCUUGCCCACAUGUACACAUUAUAACACUUUCAUAAUGGCACUUCUACAGCAGUAUUCAAUGUAGUGUAGAUGUACAAUUAAAUUUUGCAUUUCAGGGUGAAACCUCUGAGGCUAACUUUCUUCUAGUAAGAAGAGCUGUAGACAAUUGAAACUGACAGUGCUAAGCUGAAAUCAAUGUCAAUAAAUUGUUUUAGUCUGCAUCUUUCAAAAUACUGGUUGGGUUUGAACUGGCUCCCCCCUCCCUUUUUUCUUUUCUUUUCUUUUCGGAAGCCAUUUUGGGUUGUGUAGUACUUUAAAAAGGAAGCAUGUAUAUUCCACCAUUCCCAAAAUGAUUACAUGGCUUUUCCUCAUACCAAAGGGUAUUAAGUCAAAUGUGGUAGAGCUUGCAGGAUCUGACUAGGUCAUGGGAGACUAGGAUUCAAAUCCUGACACAGUCAAGGACUUCCGGGGUGGCGCCACCAGCAAUGGCGGACUCCCUCUGAAUUGGAGGGACUAGCUCCGCAUGAAACGGGUCUUUUCCGCUGCGGCGUAGCAGGGACCCUUCUGGAAAUCACAGGCGGAUGAGGCCUGUGACCGUGGGACUCGGCGGGCACCCUUAGCGCCCCCCAACCCACAAAGGAGCCCACAAGCGGGCUCCGAAGCGAAGAGGGGGAAGUGGCGCGGUGCUGUGAGUCAAUUGCUUUUUCUGCGGAGCGAAGCCGCAUAGUCGUUGCCGGAGAGCGCUGCCUUUUUCCUGGGACAAUUUGGCAUUUGAAAUAACCAACCGUGAGUACUGGAACACUGGAUAUUUGGAUUUUAAAUAAGAACUGGCGAAAUAAAAAGGAAUUUGGACUUAAAAAUUAACCCUAAUUUGGUACUGAAACGGGAAGGUUUAAACAGGAAGUCACCCUUCCGUUUCCUCGUAGUCAGAACAAAGCAAAGACAACGCAAACUAGAGCCUUAAAAAUCACUUUUAAAGGAUCGACUUUCAUCAUUUAAGAUCGCUGAACCCCCCUUCAGUAGCAGGAGAAGAAGGGGGAUCUUUUCUGAGCUGUUUAAACCUGCAGAACUGAAUCUAAAGCAAAGUAAUUUUCCACCGUCCUGACCCUGGAGCGGGGUGUCAGAAUUGACGUUUGAAGCUCAUUGACCAGAAACAAAUGUCUUUGACAGAUAGUUAACAGAAGAGAAACAUUGUGAUUCCAUUGUUUCCUUUCAUCUUUUAAAAGAACAAAUAUGGACAAAAUAUCUUAAAAAAGAAACUUGGUUGCUAUUGUUUUCAAGAAAAAGAACAACCAGAAGUUUUUCCCCCUAGAGGGGAACUGUGAAAUUGUAACUAAUUCCUGGGAACUUGCAGCUGUCACUGAUUACAACUGUGGGAAAGGAUUUGUGACCUUGUAAGACAAUGUCUUCAGAAGCACUGUUGGGUGCUUUCUGUAAAAUAAAUGCCCUAUUGGAUCAGUUAAGUCAGAAGACGGAUUUCAUGACUAAUGCGGCCAGAACCUUUGAACAGGUAGUGGGAAACUAUAUGGAGCCCACCCAGGAAUCAAAACAGGAGCGUGCCAUGACAGAACAACUAAAAGAAGAGGACCUUGCUGAAUCUUGGGCGCCAGAGACGGAGGGAGCUGCGGCCCAGCAGGAAUAUAAACUUUUGGAUUUGAUAAAUGAACUUGGAAAAAACCAGACUUGGAAAGAUAAAAUCUGGUUUGGUUUGGAAAUGGGUGUUGGAUAGACCCCCCUUUACAGGGAGAUUUGGACUUUUCAAGUCUGGAAAGGGGCCGUCAGAUGUUUGGAGCUGUGGGGGCUCUCAAUUUUGAAGGGAAUCUGGAGCAUGCUUGUAAAUACUACAUCGAGCCUAUCCUGGACUAUGGAAAAGGGACUGUCUUGCUGAAAUGGGUCAAAAACACUACCAAGCUGGAGUUCCCAUGACUAAAAGGGAAAUAUAAAGAAGAGUUACGGAAGGGACAUGGAAGAGACUUGAGGGCCUCGGAUAUAAGAUUGCCAGGUUAAUGUGCUAGAUUAAUAGGAUAAAACGGACUGACAAAACCCGGGACCAGGAGGAAGGGACGUUGGAUGAAGACUGGAUUGCUUUUUUCUUUUAUUUUUAUCAUUAGGACUAUCUUACAAAAUUGAUGAAUGUUAGGAAAGUGUUGAAAUGAAACUAUUUGGCUCUUAUAAAAAUGUCUAAAGAAUUAGGUAAGAAUGUUAUGGCUUAGGAGAAGUUGGUAAAGAUUAAGAUUUAAGUUUUAAACUUUAAGGUUUCCUAUAAACUUUAAGGUUUCCUAUAAGAUAAGAUGAAAAUAGAUCAAGGUAAUGUGAUGACAGAAUACUACGAAUUAUGGAAAGGAUUUGCUGUGAUUAUUAUAAAACAGGAUACAGGAAAAGGGAGGAGGAGGAGGUCAAGGAAAGAAGGUAUUGAAAGUGGAGAAUUGGAGAAUGAUGGUUUUAUUUUUUUCUUUCUCUUUUUCUUUUUCUGUCUUGUUUUUUCUUUUGUGUAAUUUUUUUAAAAAAACAACUCUUUUUUCAAUAGAUAUCAUUAAAAAAAACAAAAACAAAUCCUGACACAGUCAAUAAGCUUCACCCAACUUUAUCUGUUGAUGGACGGCCACCCUGACACACUGACCAGAUGCUUGGAAGCUGUGGCUAGAUGGCUGCAUGGGAGCCGGUUGAAGUUAAAUCAUUCGAAGACAGAGGUGCUGUGGCUGGGUUGGGACGACAUGGGGUUGAGGGGCCAACUCCCAUCUCUUGCGGGAGCUCAAUUAGUGCCAGCGCCUUCUGUCAAGAGUUUGGGUGUAACCUUUGACGCCUCCCUUUCUAUGGAGGCGCAGGUUGCAGCUGCAGCAAAGUGGCAUUUUUCCAUGUCCGCUGUAUUAAGCAGUUGGUCCCUUACCUUUCUUGCCCUGAUCUGGCCACGGUGAUCCAUGUGACGGUCACCUCCAGGCUUGAUUAUUGUAACUCGCUCUAUGCAGGGCUGCCCUUGAAGCUGCCCCAGAAACUUCAGCGGGUGCAGAAUGCCACUGCAAGGCUCCUUACAGGGUCCUUGCCGUGGGAUCACAUUCAUCCAGUGCUUUACCAGCUGCACUGGCUCCUGGUGGAGUAUAGGGUCAGGUUUAAGGUCUGGUUUUGACCUUUAAAGCACUAUGCGGCCUAGGACCCUCAUACCUACGGGACCGCCUCUCCUGGUAUGCCCUGUGUAGGACCUUAAGGUCCAUAAAUAACAACACUUUGGAGGUCCCGAGCCUCAAGGAGGUUAGAUUGGUCUCAGCUAGGACCAGGGCCUUUUCAGCACUGGCCCCGACUUGGUGGAACGCUCUGUCACAAGAGACCAGGGCCCUGCAGGAUUUGACAUCUUUCUGCAGGGCCUGCAAGAUGGAGCUGUUCUGCCUGGCCUUCGGCUUAGACUCACUCUGACCCUUUAUAUGGGAUUUGGCAUAUAAAUUUUCCCUUGGCUUUUUUGCUGACCAGCAUGGAUAGCUGACUCAGGUGAAUAUCUGAUGUUUCCUCCCUUUAUGGUCUUGAUUUAUGGGCUACUACUAAAAUGAGGCUGCAUUUUAAGCUGUAUUUUAAGCCGUAUUUUAAUCUUUUUGUUUUUUUCUAUUACGUUUUAUUGUAAUUUAUAUUUGGUGUUAGCCACCCUGAGCCGGGGAGGGAGGGUAUAAAUAAAAUAUUAUUAUUAUUAAUGACAAUGGGCCAGUCACUAUCUCUCAGCCUAAACUACUUCACAGGGUUGUUGUAAGGAUAAAAUAGAUUGGUAGGAUUGUCUAGCCCAGCUUCUUCGCAAGAAUAUCAUGGGGGAGUUUGUCGAAAGCAUUACUGCAAUCUUUAGCUUUUAAUUAGAAAUGCAAACAUUGCAGAGAAGCAUUACCAUGUAACCUCUUAGAAUGAAGUAAGAACCUGAACAAAGAAAAGGAAAGAAGCAUCUAGCCUCUUGACUUGAUUAUUUUGUUUGUUCUCUGAUGUCUCCUUUACUAAUCUAUAACAAACAAACUUGAAAGCUUUAUUAUCUGGUUCACUUGCCAGAGGAAGGAAAGUCUGUCAAUUACCCUGGUGUUCCAGCAGAUAAUGUCAUUAUUCCUGCACAGGAAAAAGUGUUGCCUUCAUUUUAAUAAGGCAUUCCAAAUGGCAAAAUAGGGACAGUGAUUUACCAGGGACCCGAAAAUGGAAUAUUCCUGCUGAGUAUGGAAUUGCCUUUACAGUGGUACCUUGGGUUACAUAUGCUUCAGGUUACAUAUGCUUCAGGUUACACACUCCACUAAGCCAAAAAUAGUGCUUCAGGUUAAGAACUUUGCUUCAGGAUAAGAACAGAAGUCGGGUUCCGGCGGUGCAGUGGCAGCAGGAGGCCUCAUUAGCUAAAGUGGUGCUUCAGGUUAAGAACGGACCUCCGGAACGAAUUAAGUACUUAACCCAAGGUACCACUGUACAUUAACUUGCUAAAAGCCAAAUAAUGGGCCAGUGAAAAAACUUUAAUCAGUUGACAGCCUAAAAUACAAACAGCACACUAUAAUAUAAGGAGCAGUGGUUGAGUCCAAAAGACCAGAUAUAACACUUUUAGCUUCCUAUUGUUCAACACUUUAAGGAUCUUUUCUAGACUCACCCUUGUGUCUAUAAAUCCUUUGAAUUAUACUCGGUCCAGCAACAAGAGUUUAAGCUGUCCAAGUUUCCUGUAGUUUAUAAAAGCUCCUAAGAUCUGUGGGAAUUCUGAGGUCUAAACAUUUGUAAAGAAAACUGUUUGAAGGUGACAAAAUAUUUUUCGACAUGCAGCGCCUCAGCAAAAAAAUGUGCACAUACAACGCACCUGCUGCCGUGACUUUCUUUAAAAGCUAUUACACACACAUCUAGAUUCUGCCCUCAUCUCUACCAGUUUCAAAUACAAAUAAUUUUUUAAAUGAAAUCCAGAAGAUGACUCUCCCAUAUUUUGUGGGGGUGAAGAUGAUGGAUAUUCCAAAAUCAAGAGUUUAAUCCAGAAAGCUCUGAGGUGAGUUUUGCAUAUGUAGAACAGUUUCUGAGCCCCCCCCCCCCGGUGUUUUACUUUCUGCUCCACCUUACAAACUGUCACCCUACAUUUAGGGGAGAGUUUAGAAGUGGCCUAUCCUUUUUUUAAACCCCAGUGGUUCAGACUAAGAAAGACUUUUUUUUUAACACAACCAGCUCACGUAUGUAUAGACUAUGUUCACAGGGAACCUGAGGCUCACCCCACAGCCACAUAUAGAACAAUAUGUACAGGCUGAGAUAUAUCUACACACUUCUGUACAUGUUUACGUUCUACCCACCCAAUCCACUUUUGGUGAUGGAUGGGUUGUAUGUACAGGGCUUAUAUUUGUACACACAUGUCUUGACUCAGAGAGUAUAUUCUCUAUAUUAUAGCACAGUCUGAGAUUAGCUCCCAUGCCUCACCAUAUAUAGAGACUGCAUCCUGGGAGGCCUGUUUGAAGAGACCCUCAGAGAGCUCUCUAUAAGCCAGGUGGAAGUGUGCUUUAACUGAGUAAAUUUGGAACGCAUAUGGAGCAUUUUAAUAGGGCAUUCUAAAAAGAAAGAAGGAAUCUCACAGGCUCAUAAAGUAAGGAAUUUAUGAAGGUAUGCAUGCAGGACUUAAACUGUUUGUAGGUCAUAACUAGUGCCUUGAAUUGUGCCCGGGAGCACUUUGGGAGCCUGUGGGAGUACUUCAGAAGGGUGUGGGCUAAGUAGUUUCUUCCAAAUUCUUUUGGACGUUUUCAGUGAGGUGGAGAGAUUAGCUCAAUCAGUGUGGCUAGUUGCUGUACCCACUUGGCACAGAAGUCGACCCUUUCCCUUCCUACUAUACGUGUUUUCUACUGAAGCCAGCAUGCCUAUAUUAAUAUGCUUCCAGAUAGCUUUCCCUUUGAGAAGAAAUAAGAUUGACAAAUGGGUAAAAAGUACUAGCAUGGUCAUCUGCGGCUAUCACUGCUAUUUUUGCUUGACGCUGACUCAAUUUGUUCCUUAUAGCUAUAAACACAAGGAUGGCAGUUUCUAUGCAGAUUAAAGGUAUCAGGCACAUUGAUUCAGCAUGCUUGUUGCUCACCAAAGCCCCCUCUUUGAACUUGCUUCUUUGCCUCAAGUGGGUCUGUUGAGGAAGCCCUGGCUUUCCCCCCACUGAGAGAACUCUCUCAGACAAGGUGUUACCUGUGUUUUGAGUUGGGUAGAGCGGGCUAACAGGUUAAUUACAGUCUGGAAAGGUCCAUAUAAAAAGAAUAGUGAUAACGGAGGGAAGGGUGAGUGAGGGGAAAUCCUGGAUAGUGAUUGGCCACUAAUCUGCCUAUCAAAGCCAGUGAGGAGGGGGAUCACAGCACCUGCGAUGUUGCAGCUUGAGCCGCAGAAAGCUAAAUUAGCCGGUAAGUGAGAAGAUCAUUUGCCUUUACUGCUAGCAGGGUAUCAGGACCCUGUUCACUGAAUAAUUAAAGUAUAGAUGCUGUGGUAAUUCAGGAAAAUGCUGUGUGUGUGUGUGUGUGUGUGUGUGUGUGUUUUUAAACUGAAAUGCUGCCUUCCAGAGCCAUCUAAUCUGAAACAGACAGGGAAGAAAUCUCAGGUCUGUUAUAGCUUCUUCAUCCCACUGUGACACUGCCUGACUGGUUGCUGGUUUUGUUUGUAAGAGCAGAUCUUUUUUAGAAAAAGAAAUCUAUUAUGGGAGAGGCAAUGAAUGCAACAUUGGCUAAUCAUGCUGCGUGUAAGAAAUCAGGGAUGCAGCAACGUUUUUGGUGAUGUUAAUCUCUGUGUUUUUCUGCUUCCUAAGCUAAAUAAUUAAAUACUGACAGAAAACAUGGCACUGUUGCUUUUUCAGGAUUAGAAGAAAAUCCAUAAAGAAAGUGCAUCUUUUAUUGUUACUAGGAAUUACAUGGUCGGUACUGUGUGCUGAUUAUUUGCUGUUCCGUGUGUUCAUUUUUCCAUCAUUGAAAGGCUAUUGUGCAUGUUUUCAGUCUCUUAAUAUCUAUCUAUCUGCCCAUAAUCCACGAUAGUGCUGUUGCACAACCCACAUUUGUUUCAAUGGGAUUUACAAAAGAAACCUUCCCUGUGGAUUGUGCCCUUAUGUAACCCUCCAGUUGUGGUUGCACUAUUGCCCACUCCUGAAACCUCCCUAAAGGAGUGAGUUCUUCUGUCUCUGACAGCUUGAUACGUUCUGGAGAGAGGAUGAACUAGGGAGAAAUGGAUAAACAGUACAAAUAAAUGCAACAUGCACAUAUAUUUAUGAUAAAAUAAAAUGACAUAUUUUAUUAUUGAUAUUCUCAAUUAAGUUCUGCAUUUGCUCUAGAUAUUACAGGUGAGUCUAAUUAAGGUUGCAACAUUUGAGUCCAGGCUUUCUGGACAUCAGGAAAUGAAACUGUGUGGAGUUGUAGCAAAAAAGUAAAUGGGAUAUCAUUGCUAAGUACAUAAUCUUCCAACUUGCAUUGACUCUUUCCUGAAAAGCAACCCUUCAGAAGCAACAAUUGGUGUUUCUUGUGUUUUGUUUUUUACACAAUUAGCACAUUAACAUGUAGCCAGUCUUGAUGGGUUUUAUAUACAUUUACAGAGGUAGUGGUCUUCCAGUGCCUAUUAGCUAAGAUCACUUAAUGUAUCCUCCAAGUCUAAACGCAGUGAAUUACUGAAUACCAAAUACUGGGGAAAGAAAACAGGUGCUGGUGUUUGCUUUCAUGCUCUUCUUAUAAACUUCCCAGAGGCAUCAGGCUGGCUGCCAUUGCAAACAAGAUCCUGGGCUCACUAGGUGGACUAGCAGGGCUCUUUUAAUGUUUUUAACUUGGCAGGCAGCCCUGAAGCAAGGGCUGCUUCUUUCUUUCCCAUCUACCUUUCUCCUCCUUCUCCUUCAUGCUUUCUGGUGGAGCCAAUCAGAACAAGCAUGAGUCAGCCAAGCCAUAGAGAAGGGGUCUGGAUAGAGAAAGGAAAAUAUUGCUCAAACUCAACUUCUGUGUUCCCCAGCCAUUCCUGGAUUUUGAGGAUUUGAGUCAAACGAACUCCAAACAUAGAUUUUCAGUUCCUGUACUGUCCAGGUGAAAACGACAUGUGGCUUGAGUGUUAAGUUCCAAACAGUAAAUGUUAGCUGGCAGUUCUUUCCUUAUGCAAAUUUGUGCUGUUGUUCCUGAGUUUGGAUUUCCUUGGGAAAGAAAUCUGAGGAGAAUAGAUGAACCACCUUGGGCACAAAUGUAUUAGUGGAAAAUGUGAUGUAUAAACAAAUCAUCUAAGACUAUAACAAAUAUUUUAAAAUCAUAUUCAUUAGUUCUAUUGAUUUCUGAGGCACUCUUGCUGCUUUCCUCAGCUGACAGGAUUCUGCCAUUCCAAGGGCUCAAAGUAGAAGCAGUGUAAGACAUUAAAAUUGAUAGCAAUUGCACAAUUAUGUGACAUUUGAUAUUAUAUAGUUAAAAGAUUUAUAUCCUGUUCUUCUGUUGCAAUGACAAUAAUCAAAGUGGCUUAAAACAAAUUACAAAUAUACAGAAGUAAUCCUUUAAAGGAACCAACUGCAUAUUCAUUUAGAAUUACAAGAGGAACUCUAAACUCUAAAUAGAUAAUUACAUAAUAACAUUUGCCAACUUAACCUAUCAGACAAUGUUGUUUAGUAUAGACUGUAUGUUACUUGUCAAAGCAGGCAACUAAUUUUACUGUGUUUCUGAUUAAUUUUCAUUUUCAUCAUAGUCCUCUGAGAUAGAAAGAUAAUAAACCUUAUAAAAUACGUUUGUUACGCCCUGCUGAUCUUUGAGGUAAUCUUGCUACUUUCAUCCAGUGGAUUCAGUUAUUCUUUCUUCAAGAGUUUUCUCUUCACGGAAUUCUCAUCUUUUCAUAUAUAUAACAUGUGAAAUGUAGCCAGCUAGACUCCGUUGUAAUUUUGUGUAGAUGCUGAGAAUUCCUAGUUCUUCCAGAGAAAUAUAUUUCCCAAGAUUCCUUUGUUAGAGUAGUUAACUUAGAUGAAUAAUUUAAAUUUAUAAUGCAUAUGACUUCCCCUCUCAUUUUCUGUCAGAAAUGUCUGUUGUCAUUCUUAAACAAAGAGUGUCUAUACUAUAAUACUCUACUUUAGGCUGCAGUUCGUUUUGGUACAAACCAAAUGAUGUCAUAAAAUCUUCAGAUUUGACCUAUUUUAGGAAGAGUUGAUAUUGUAGGCCCAAUAUUCAUUUUGCAGGCCAUGAGUCAGCUCUGUCCCCCCCAUCCCCCGCUCUAGUUGAUUGAUUAGCGAAAAAAGCACAAAUGAAAUUGUAAACUGGGUAGCUCUCAGAAGCUGAUUGUUUCUACUGAGGUAAGGUUAAAAGACAAUAAUCAAGGGAGAAUGUGGCAGACAUGUUUUGGCUUUAUAUUUUUAAGAUAUAUAACAAAGGUUUACAGAGGAGUAUGUUAGUUUUUGUCACCAAAACCAACAAAGUGUCUUCUGACACCUUGAAGACUAACACAUUUUAUUGUGGCAUCAGCUUUAUUGGACUAGAGACCCCUUCAUCAAAUGCCUGGCUGGCGUGGGAUUUUCAGUUCAUACGCCAUGCAUCUGAUGAAGUGGGCUGUGGUCCAUGAAAGCUUGUAACAAAAGGUUGCAGUUCAAUGCAUACUUACCUGAGCGUAAGCUUCAUUGAUCACAAUGGGAUUUUGUUCUAAGUAACAGGAAUAGGAUUGUGGUGUUACAUUUUUCAGAAAAAGUUCUGUAACUUGGUUAUGUAUUCUACAGUACUACAGCUGUUUUAUAUUCUCUCUCUUUAAAAGUUAACUGGAUGCAAAUUGCUGAGGCACUAGAGAACAUUUAUGUUGAAAAUAAUGAAAUAAAGUCAGGAAAUAUAAAAAUUACAGUCCUCAUGGUAGCAUUAGUUUGCAAUGGUUGAAUGUAGUUUUUUAACUGCUGUGAUACUGGAUUUAAUAUAAUUAAUGUAGCUUAUGCUACAUUAAUUAUUUGUAAAAAAAGCUAUUGUAAAGAUUUUAUAGCCAGUGUAUGCAGGAUUUUGGAUGACUUGGCUGUAAAACGUAUACUAUAGUAAGGAGUUUCUGCUGUGUGGCUUAAUUCCUAUUGUAAGAAGCAGCUGAACUUUUACAUUUUCUGACAUUUAGUUUUAACUGUUAAAGCUCUGCUGGUAUGUUAUAUUUAAAUAUAUAUUGCAAGUUCUACAAUGUUACCGAAACAAAAAUAAAUAUUUUUCCCAGAGAGACUACCAUUUAACAUCUGGAUUCAUGAUACAGUUAAGCUGAAGGCCAGCUCUUGAGUUUAAGCCAACUGGAAUCUCAGAACUAUAAUUCUGCACUGGCCACCAGGCUGCAACAACACAGUAACUUUCUAUACUCUUUAAGAAUUUUUAUUAGCUGUAACACUGAGCCUUAGACUUAGCCUAUCAAUUUACCUGGAGAAAAUAUCUUAAAUCAAUGUACUUUAUAGUAUCAUAGAGUCAUAGGAUUGUACAGUUAGAAGGGACCUUGUGAGUCAUCUAGUCCAACCACCUGCAAUGCAGGAAUCUCAACUAAAGCAUCUGUGACAGAUGGCCACCCAUCUUCUUCAUUGUUAAAAAACCUCCAAUGAAGGAGCGUCCAUCACCUUGAGUCUGUUGCACUGUCAAACAGCUUUUACUGUCAGAAAGUUCACCCUGAUGUUUCAUCAGAAUGCCCAUUCAUGUAAUUUGAAACCAUUGAUUCUGCUCCUAGCUAAUGCUAUGCUAGGCUGCAUCAACAGAAGUAUAGUGUCCUGAUCAAGGGAAGUAAUAGCACCGCAUUAUUCCACUUUGGUCAGACCACAUCUGAAAUACUGUCUUUAGUUCUGGGCGCUACAAUUUAAGAAUGAUAUUGACAAGCUGUAACGUGUGGAGAGGAGGGCGACCAAAAUGACCAAGGGCCUGGAAAGCAAACCUAGUGAGGAAUGGUUGAUACAAUUGGGUAUGUUUAGCCUGGAAAACAGGAGACCGAAAUGAGAUAUGAUAGCCAUCUUCAAAUAGCUUCUGGAGCAGAAGUAAACAAACUUGCUCCAUCUUCCACGUCACAUGGGCUGGGGGAGGGGAAAAUCUGGUCAUCCAGUCUGCUAGGUACUCCCAUCUCCCCUGCGUCAAGUUAUUCGGGCCACAUUCACAUUACUCCCAUUCUAGAUAAAUCUGUCUAAUGAAUCCAAUUUGAAUAAUUAAAUCAAAUAAUUAAAUUAAACGACGUUUCCAUGUGCUCUGACUUCCGUCACGGUGUUCUGUUGCACCAGAAGUGGUUUAGUCAUGCUGCCCACAUGACCCAGAAAAGCUGUCUGCAGACAAACACCAACUCCCUCAGCUUGAAAGCGAAGAUGAACACUUCAUCCCAUAGUAGAAUUUGACUGCACUUAACUGUCCAGGGGUCCUUUACCUUACUUUCUUACCUAAUUAAAUCAGUAAUUUAACUGUUUUUAUUAAGUUAUGGCCAGCAUCCUUCACCCUUGGGUGCGUGCUUUCCCACAUAUAUAGGUGAAGGAGGUUGGAUGAUAUUUAUUUCUAGCUGCAUCCCUUCCUGAUGCUUUUGAUUCUUGCUCUGAACCGUGUGUGGUCAAUCUUUGGUUCUCCAGAUGUUGCUGAACUACAGCUCCCACCACCUCUUGUCAUUGGCCAUGCUUGCUGGGUCCAACUGGAGUUGUAACUCAGCAACAUCUGGAGAACCAAAGGUUCCUCACACCUACUGGUGAGUAAAUUCUCACAAGAUAUUUUUUUUGGGGGGGGGAGGGUGCAGCAAUGGGCUGCAGUGGGAAGAAACCCAUAGACAAUCUCAGUGCACACAUGGUAUUCCUCAUAUUACCAUUUUGAUAAUGCUCAGUUAUAAUGUAUAAAGUUAUAAUGUUAUAUGGAUAAUGUCCAUAUUACCCUUUUGAUAAUUUCCAUUAAUUUGUCAACAAAUUAAACUAUUGGGCUGUAUCCAACCAAAUUCUACCCAGAGUAAACCUACUGAAAUUAAUGUACAUAUGUUAGUUAUGUUCAUUAAUUUCAAUGGGUUUACUUUGAUUAUGACUAAUGUUGGAUACCACCCGUUAUUUAUAACUGAAAAAUGUUAUGCAGAUACAGUAUAAACAUAUGCCAUUGAUGUUUGAAAGAAUGAACUGUUCUUGGCUUUUAUUUGGAACCUGGGAGACAGACCAAACAAUCACAAAUGUUGUUUAAAAUGAAUUUAAGCAAAUAGGACACAUGCCUUUUGUCUACCCAAAGACAAAAGUUCAUUUUAAAAUGUAGUCAAUGUUACAUUUUGUUGUGGGGGACCUCUGCUUUUACAUUUCAACAUGUGUGUUGUGUUUCCAUGCAUAUGUCUCCAGACCCUUGCAUGGCUAAGGAGCAAAGAACCCCAGAUGACGCCAUAAUGCAAUUAAGAAGUAGGCCAUUCUGCUUUGGAAUAUUUUGCUAUCGUCAAACAACUUUAAAUAAUAGAAUCAUGGAAUCAUAGCAGCCAAUUGACAAUAUUUGGGUCACUGGGUUGCCACUUGCAGGUUACAUAGGGGCAGAGGUGCCCCGGUCAGGAUACAGAAGUGAAGCCCUCAGAGACUGAUGGAACCUGAUGUGUUAUUGAAGCUCUGGGGGAUCCUGCUGAAGCCCUCAUCUCACUAUGGAAUGGUGAGAUGAAACAGGCAGUUGACAUUAUUGCUGCUGAGUAUCUUCUCUGGCAUUUUGGAGCCCAAGCAGCUCCUUGGCACUCUGACACGUACAAGUUUCACUAUGAAGCUGACCAAACACUGGUAAGAACACAUAAUCAUGCCUACUGUGUGGCUGUGAAGAAGGCUUAUUUUGCAGCUCGCAUUGUGUCCUCUAAUAGCUGACCAAUGGAGUUAUUUUGGAUGGUUUGGAGGUUACUGACUCUGAGUGUGUGUGGUGCUGGUGGUGACCUCUGGAGCACUCAAAGACCUGCUCUCCUGCUCUGAUCAACUGGCUAUGCACUCUGUGGAUAAAGUUGCUCAUCUUCAAAGUGCUCUUGACUCUGCACUUGUUGCAGUUGCAUAUUCCACCUUUGGGGGAAGGUUGUAUAGAGAGCUGUGGUGGGGCAGGAGCAGACAUGUUUGGAGGACACAAAUGAUUUAGAUCCAUUCCAAUCUGGCUGUGGAACUGAGUUGGCUUUGAUCACCCUGAUGGAUGAACUUUGCAGAGAGCAGGACAGAGGGAAUGCAACCUUUCUUCUGUUCUUGAUCUCUAGUCAGCCUUUGAUACAAUCAACAAUAGUAGCCUCCUGGACUGCUCCAGGGAAUGGAAAUUGGAGGCACUGUGGUUCCAAAUCCUACCUUCAGCACCACGUCCAGAGAGUAGCAUUGGGACAGUGCCUUCCAGCCCACUGGUGGCUACGUAAUGGGGUGUCACAAGGGAUUAUUUUAUCUCCAUUGCUAAUUAAUACCUACAUAAAGCCUUUGGAAGAGGUCAUUAGGAGUUUCAGAGCAUGGUAGAAUCAGUAUUCUGAUGACACUCAUCUCUAUUUCUCUACAACAUCUGAAUCAGGAGAGGCUGUGUAGUCCCUGGACACGGUAGUGAAACGGAUAAGGAAAAACAAUCUGAGCUUGAAUCCCAGUAAGAUAGAGGCACUGUGGGUCUGAGAAGUUGGUCAGUGGCCUACCUUGGAAAGAGCAGGUUCACUGUUCGGGGGUGUUUCUUGAACCAGCUCUGUCAAGGGAGGCUCAGGUAGCCUCACUGGCUAGAAGUAUCUUUUACUAACUGCAACUGGUUCAGCAGCUAUGACCAUUCCUGAAAAGCCUUGCCACGGUAUUUCAUGUGCUGGUUACUCCAAGACUGGAUUACUACAAUGCACUUUGUGUGGGGCUUCCCUCAUGCUUGAUCUGGAAGCUACAGUUAGUGCAAAUGCUGCAACAUGAUUGCUGACAAGAGUGGCGCCUUGCCAGCACAUACCACUUGUGUUCAGGGAUCUGCACUGGUUGCAGAUCUGCUACUGGGCCAAGUUCAAGGUAUUACUAUUUGUAUAGAAAGCUUGUUAACAACUUGGGACCAGUUUACCUAUGAGAUUGCCUUACCCCACAUGCGCCCAUGGUAGAAUUGGCACUACUACAGGUGCCACGUGGUACCCAUUCUGCAUUUGUAAGAACUGCAUCAUUUAGUGUGACAGCAACCAUGGGAACUCCCUACCUAUUGAUAUUAAGCAGGUGCCUGUACUCUUUCUGGCACCUGCUAAGAACAUUUCGAUGUAGACAAUCCUACCUAGAUGCUUAGAUAGUUGAGAUAAUUUUAAUCUGUUUUAGUAUUUUGACUUUUGUAUGUUUUAAAGUAUGGAGGCAAUUUUAAAAUGGAUUUUUAUUGUUUUAUCCUUUUGUAAACUGCUUUGAGGGUGUGUUUUUUUACAACUAAGAGGUGUAUAAAUUUUGAUAAAUAAACAAACAAAUAAAAUUUGGCGUUUCAAUACAGGCAAUACUGGUUUUGCAUGGGGGUUCUGUUCUGGACCCCUGCCCAUUCUGGACCCCCUGCCCUGCUUCUUGUCAUGAUGUCUUUAUGAUGUUUGGGGACUACUUCUGGGACCAGCGCCUUGCACAUGUGUGCAAUUGCAUGUCAUUUGGAUGAGCUAAAUUGGUCGUUGCAUGUAUUUGACUCACAUUCCAGUCUCGUUUGACAGGCUGCAUUAAGGAUGCUUUACAAAUCUGUAUUUGGAAUCUUUGUUUAGGAUUUUGAUGAUACCGUUAAAUCUUGAAAUUAACUUUCAUGCCUUGAAAAUGAAAGGACCCCAAUUUGGAUAGAUAAAAAUCUCAAACACUUGGCUAUUCAAAUAGCCAUUAUCAACAGCUCUGUUGGGUUUCUAGCACUCUGCCUGUAGUUCUCUACAACCUUUGGAAAUAACUCUGCUUUUGGAAUUGGCUAGCUUUCUUCCAGCUUUCGUUGAGUGCUAGUGUUUCUAAUUGAAGCUGUUUCUAUAAACUGCCUGGAGAUCAAGUCAUUUGUUACUGCCUAUAGUUAUUUAGUAUGGUUAAUGUCUGCAGACUUGGAGUCUCAUAAAAGAGACAGGUCCUUAUCAGUAAUCAAUACCUGCAAUAUUUGCUCAUAUAAAUCUGCCAUUAGAGAGUGAUCAUUUGAAAUUAAUUCAAGCCAGAGGACUCCAUUAUGGUGCAUGUUAUUAUAGUAGAAACAAAGAAGCCCAAUGGAAGUGGCAUUCUUAAGUUUCAAGCAUGCAAUCAUUGGAGCCUUUUUCCGGGAGGGUAUUGCUCUCAUUUGCAUGUAUUUUCCUUAUUCAAGCCACAGCAAGGGGAUGUCCAUAUCCCCACAUAAUAAAGAGGAGCUUUGCAGCCUGGGGAUAAUAUUGUAUGGAAGGGAUCUCCACCUCCCAAAUUGCUAGAGAAAUGUACCGCACUCAAACUUUGGACAAAGGUAGGAGAAGCAAAAACAGGGAGGUUUCAUUUCAGGGUGACCAGUCAGGAGGCACUUAUAACGGACCUUUCUGUGCCAUAGGCAAUAGAGAUACAUUAAAAAUGGUGCAGCAGUAGUUAAUAGGGACAUAGAUACCAGUGACGUUAUAGCACUAUCAAUAUGUGACCAUGGUGGAUGUGCUGUAACAUCGCUAGAGAAAAAGAGACUUGAGAAUCAUUGUUGACAGAAACUAAAUUUAGUGGAUUGUGCAGGGAAAUAGUGCUAUUCCCCCAUGUUGGAAGUACUUGCCAGGGCAAUUUUGUCUAGAUAGACAGUGAUACUGUCUAGGCAGUGUCUAGAAAAUAAAAGGCCCUGGUUCAAUGCAACUAAUAAGUAGUAAUAAGGGAGAGACAAAUUUUCAAAAUUGCAGAACACUUUAAAAAAAUGUAGAAUGCUGUAGCUGUUUAUUUGUAUGACAACCAAGUCCUGGCCUAGCAUGUUAGGGACACAGUAAUUAUGGCUGCACAGGUUUCUUAAUUUUGCAGAAUCCUUGUCGCUGCACUCCCAAACCAGAAAAUGAUCUAAUUGUCUUUACAGAUGAUCUGGUUAGUUUUACAGUGCACAAAUGAGUUGUUGCUCAUGAUCCAAACAUCUUCCUCCUCCUCCUCUUCUGUUCAGCCUUCAUUAGCAGGUCCCAGGGUGGGUUACAACAAAUUAAAAUUCAGAAUUAAAAACAGUUAAACUUGAACUUCUGAGGAAGGUGGAACUGCCAAGAUGGGCCCCUCUGUUGUUGUUGGGAGGGUUUGAAAGGAAGGAAGGUAGAUUUUUGAGGCCUAAGUCACUGGCAGCCAAUGCAGUUGUUUUAGAACAGGGGUUGUAUGAGUUUUAAAUGCAAUCCCAGCCAGUAAUAUGUGAGCACCUGUGAAAAGUGCUUCACUGAAGGCAUUUCUUUACAAUGGACUUAGUCUGAGCUAUCUGAGUACACCUAGAUCACACUCCUCUACUCCCAAUUAGAUACUGUGCUCUUUGAUUUACUUCUAGUUUUGGAUGAACAAUAUGAAAGCAACAGUCAUCUAAGAAGAACUAGACACUCUGUUCAUUUUCCUUCAAUACAUAUUAAUCUCCUCUCAAGUUGUUUUCCUGGAUUUGGUCUCUUUCCCGUUGUAUAUUGACUCACAGGGCUGCAAUUAAUCUCUCUGCAUAAAAUGACUUCACUGUGUUUGGGUAGUAAUCCUUUUGAAAAUCAGGGCACAAUCUGUGCAAACCUGCAAGUUCAUUUUUCUAUGAGGGAUGACCCAGCUCCUCUGCCUCCUAUAUGGGAACUUCCUUCUACUGUAUCCUGCCUUUUCAAAAUACACAACACCUUUUCUGAGGUGAAAGGAGCUGCAGUCUCUCAAGGACAGUCAGUGCUCAGACAAAUGGAAUAAAUUUCUUAUGUGCUGUGAAGGAAUAAUUACAGCUGUUUCAUAUCUACACAGCUAUAGGGCAAUCUAGCUUCUUAAUAUAAUUAUUGCCAAUAUACCACAACAGGGGCCACAGGCUGGUCACAGAUAAAGAAAACAUCUCUAAUAGAAUUUUCAGGACACGUGACAGAGGAAUUCUAAAGUAGGGCCGUUGGCGAGUUGUUUUCUCAGCUAGUGGCUGAUUGGUAUAACUAGGUAGGCCUUGUAAUUUGAAAAUUGUUCUUUUCAAGUACAUGCUCUAUUCCCUGCUGUGAAAAGUGUUUGCUAACACAGCUGAGGUGAUGCUGUACGACCUCUAGAAUAUCCUUCCAUUUUCUCUAGUCUUGUAAAGUCAGUGUGAACUUUAUGUGGCCUUUUUAUUGAUUACGAAGUCUAACUAGGACUAGCACUGGACCUAUGUGUUUAUAUUUGUUUGAAUGUGAAAUUUUAAUUGACCAUGAUACACACACACAAAAAUUUCAAUUAAAAAAAUCCAGAUGCACAGGAAACGCAAGUUUUUUUUUAAUUAAAAACAAUAGAAAUACCAGAUACACACAAGAAACAUACAUAUACCCUUCACAAUACUAAUUACCACUCCCACUCACAUUAUUCUUCCCUUCUCGGGCAUAAGGUUCAGACACACAAAAGUUGUUGGGUUUUUUUGGGGGGGGUCAAAGUCGUUGCUGGACAUAUGGCAACCCUGCAUGAAGGUGAGGGGAAACACCUGGAUAGCGAAGUUUGCUAUAUAUGCUCCCUCCUUCAUGAUUUGGGAUUCAGUUUUGUUGUUUGUAGCCAGUGGCCAUUACAAUACAAUGUGAACACAUACUGCACAGCUGCAAAACAGAAAAAAAGCAUUGCAUACACCAGAACAAAAACAAGUCUGCUGUUAAUUUUGGACGCCUAAUACAAGCUGCUCACAUUGGUGUGUAAAGCCCUAAACUCUCUGCGGAUCUUAACCCUGGGCAGGUCUGUAGGGAUGGAGAUGGUACUUGCUGGGACUGAAAUGAGUUGGCUCUAACAAGUCAUGCAAGGGAAUUCAGAGGAGCACUUUCUUGCUCUGCUACCUAACUUCAAACAUGCAUUUUAUGUGUAACUCGCAGAAUCCAAACAUUCCUGUUGUGAGAGAUUGGCAGGGUGCCUUCUUCAUACAUCUUGCAUUAAAUUUGUUCGUGAGGAGGCAUUGCUUUGCCUGAUGAAAAACCCAAUUAUUCACACACACCCAUUCUUACCUCUGUAAUUAAGAUGUUGUUUUCUAAAGCACUUUGAAAUCUAAUUACAAACUACAUUCUGUAAAUUAAUAAAUGGAUGUAAAUGUAUGAUCUACAAAUCGUAUUUGCACAAUGAUAAGGAUUUCUUUCCAACCAUUUGAUAAAUCGCCAGUUUUGAUUUGCUUAAUCUGAAGAAUCAUAUAAGCUUAGCAAGUUGUAGUUUUGUGUUGGAUUUUUAAAUAAUUUCAUGUAAUUGGGUCUUUGUUAACUGAAUAAUCAUACACGUUUUCAGUGAUGUAUUAGUCAUAGCUAUGCAUGUGUGUGGUGCUUGGCUUCUGACCUUGAACAACACAUGUCUAAAACUACCCAUAGCAUCUGUGGGUUGAGGGGUAGGUUUGUUUGUUUUUGUUGGGUGGUUUACCUUAAUCCUCUUUGCAGAGAGUGUUCAAUUUUGCUAUGGCAUUGAUGCCUGCUUUGCAUUAUAUAAAAACAUAUACAGUAAAUUUCAACUGAUUUGAGAAACAUUCAAAUAACUGGCUGCAAAUUGGGUAGCAGUUAAAACACAGAAAAUUCCCAAUGAAAGCAAUAGAACCUGUGUGCAUGUAAUGUUGCACAGGGUUUUGCCCAUCAGAGAUAGUUUUUGUUUUUGUUUUUAACUCUUACUUUACAUUUUUACCCACCCUGAAACCUCCAACACCGAUAUCAGUAAAAGUAAGACAGGCUUAAAAUUAUUCUAGCCUGAAACAAGUGUGAGAAGAGCCAGGUGUGCCUUCCUCAGAAGGUACAUUCCACAAGUUCAAUGCCAUGGCUGAAACGUACACUUCCGAUACUUACUAUUAAAACAAAUAUUUAUAUCACUAUUACUUAACAAGAAAAAAUAAUUUGAGGAUGCACAAAGAAUAUUAUAGAACAUUGGUUAACACUAUAUUGAAUCUAAAAAAUAGAUAUUAUUCCAAGUUAUUUACAAAGUUAUUGUUUAUCUUCCAAUUGUUUCUAGACAGUAUCAAUGCCACUUUCAUUAGCCGAGACACAUUCUAUAAUUUCUUUAUGCUUUUAAUUUCUUCUUUAUUCCAUUUUUGUUUGAACAUCUGGCAUUUUCCAUAUUGAUGCAAUUUAUAUUUUUCCUAGUUUUAAUAUGUGUAUUACCAGUUCAGCAUCUUCAGUUACUAGUUCCAUUAUAUAACUUAUUAAAAAGGCCAAGUGUUCAAAUGGAAAUGAUAUCCAUAGUUUCUUUUAGUAAUUCUAUACAGUUCUAUGAUAUAACCAUCAAAAUAAUUGCUGGACAUGAUUAUUAAAUGUUGGUGCUAAGAUGCUACUAUUUGAUCACAUGAAUGUCAUUCCGUAUUAAAGUAUUUCUCCAUAAGCAAUCUUCUUCCUACCGUUGUAAGUCUAAACCAUUGCAUCCAAAUAGCAGUGAUAGCUUUAAAUGCAUUCAAUACGAACUUCCUCUUUGCUGGACUAAUGCUAUGGUGAACUUUAUUACACAUAAAAAACGUUGCUCAAAGAUUUGCUAUGGAUAACUAGUACUUCUACCUUGAUGAGCUAGAAAACUAAUACAGAGUCUGCCUUUGUCUAGGAAUAGGGGCAGUCAAUGUGGUACCUUCCAGAUGUUGUUGAAAUCCAACUCCUAUCAGCUCUAGCCAGCAUGGUCAAUGGUCAGGGAUGAUGGGAGCUGUAGUUAGGCAACAUCUGGAGUAUACCACAAUGGCUACCAGUAGUCUAGUUCUGCCUGAAUAUUUAAAAUGGAGUGCAUGUGGUUUUUGUUAUUCUGUUGGACUUUAUUAUAGGACAUAGUAAAAUAUCUGAAUGCACUGGCUACACUGAUAUCUUUGGCUCCAAAUUAACAUGUCACAGCAUGGUCUUUCAUUUUUAAUAGGGUUUCAAAUGGAAACAUGCUUAAUGGAUAAAGCUAUCCAAGAAUGAAUGUUUAUAUUGAGUUAACACCCAGUGCUUGUACUAGGAUAACAACCAAAUGGACAAAGAAUGUAAUGGCCAACAGGCUUGGAGGAAAACAGUCAUGAACAAAUGUGGGCAUACAGAAGUGAGCAGCAACCAAUAUCUAUUCACUCACUCAGCUGUGGAUCAUAUAGAAGCCUAUUUUGGCAUAUUGAUAUAUAAAUUAAAUCAUCAUUAUCUUUGUGGCAGCAUCUCCUCACACACCUUUCUCCACACUUUUCUACUAUUGGGUGGGCCUUCUGUUUGCUUCAUUGCAGUACAACUAAUAUGGAAAUUCCAUAGGUCAAGCACAGCAUGGUAUGAAAAACCCCCCUUUAAAUAAGCUCCCAAAUUUUUAUUCAUUUAGCUUGCUUUUAACAUAUAUUUCCUAUUGAGGUAGUUUUUAUAAUCUCCCCCCCCCCCCAUCUUCCCAUUUUUAAAAAUAUUUAUUUUGUCUUUAGCUAAAUUGUUGGCUUUUGAUAGCUAGCUGUAAUGGUUGUAUCGCUGGGGUGUGGGGAGGCAGGAUUGAGGAAUAAAACCUCUCAUCUUCUCACCUCCAUUUUUUCACUGAACACGUCAGGUCAGAUUUUCUCUGCCACUCUAUCUUUGUUUAUAGUGUUUUUCGAAUUGAUCAAGUGCUAAAAUAGGUUUAGCUUUUGGAGGACCAAUAUCUAUGCUCCCCUUUGUGAACUUUCAUAUUUCCUAAGUAGGUCCAAAUGAGCAGGUAGAAAGAACAGUGUCAAGUGGCUGGAGAUUGUAACAAUUUAAGAGUAUGCAAAGUUGAUAGGCAGUUUACAUGCAAGGGGUGAAGGAAGUGGUGUUUAACUGUCAAGUGAAAGGCUAAACUGAAGCAAAUUUAUUUAUUUGCAUAUGUCAUUUGCCUUGUAACACAAGCUCUCUUGGCGACAAAGGGCUUUUAUUAAGUGUACUAGCAAAAUACUACAAUGACAAUCAGGGUAUGUGUGGAAGGCCCCCAGGGACCACAGGCCACCCAAUGUCAGGAGUGGGUUGGUUUAGCCCCAUAGCUGCAUAGCCCCAAGUGCAGUGGUCCCCCCCCCCAUACGAGCGUUUUAAAAGCGUUCACUCAGGGCCAUCAUUACGAUGGAAGGAAAACAAGUAACUUGCUCUGGUGUAUGAGAUUCCCCACAUUGCAAUGACACAAAACUACCCUGUUCAUUGCCAAUUUUCAUUCAUUGCUCACAGCCCGUUUUUGUUACCUCUAAACUACUAUUCCUAUUUUCUUCAUUUUUUGCUUUUUGGGGGUGUGGUGAUACCUUGUUAAUAUCUUGUUACUGUAGCUUUUUGCAGCUGUCAUUUUUCAGGGUUCAGCUUCCUCCCCUGGAUGUCUAGAACUUAAACAUUGGAGCGAUGGUGCUGGAUGCAUUUUUGUCUCUAGAGCACAUGCACAUGCACAUGAGCACUAAGGCACAAUGCAGUGCAUGGUCUGCCAUUUCACGCGUUCAGCUGUUCAGUUAGAUUUUGAAUGGCAAUCCCAGUCGCAGUGCCUCCCCACCACCAUGGAGUAAUACUAUGGUGAAGUGUGACAGUACAAACUCAGGAAAAUAAUGAUCUGGAUUGAAAAUGGCCACAAUUUUACGGAUUAAAGAUGUAGGUGUAAUCAGUAGGGCUGGAACUGCUUCAGGCUCAUGCCAAGGAUUGUGGCGUCCCCAAGACGUUGAUCUAUUGAGUUAGCCACCCUAAAGCCACCGCUGGAAGCCCUAUGGUUCAUCUGCCCCACACUUGACUUCUGGACAGGGACAUCCACCGAGACCUCUCUAACGGGGCACCUAGAAUACACCAGAAAUUUAAAGUCACUGCCCUCCAGGAGGGGCCACGGAUUGGUUCAUUUGAAAUUACCUUUGGGGGCAGGAAGACCACCCACCAAGAUCUCUCUGACCAAGGGGAAUUCCCUUCCAAACAUAGCCAGCAAACAUGUGUGCCCAGGCUGGUGGGGAAGCAAGCUGAGAGUGAGGGGCCGCAAUUGUCACCCACUGGGAAACCGGUGAGCGGCCAUUGGAAUAGCAUUAACCAUACAUGUUUUUGUUUUUCUUCACUGACUUUUUUGUUAGCAAUGAUUUUUAUUGUUUGAGAUUUAACAAGCACUAAGCUGGUAGUGCUCAAAAUACUAAACAACAUGUGCCAUUUCUCUCCUUCCCACCACUUACCCCAGCCACCCCCAGUCUUUAUGUCCCUCCUCCCACCUAAUCUCCCAUGUGCCUCCUCCCAUCUAAUUACAAGCCAAACAGUAACAACAUGAGCCAAAAUAAAAGCCAAAAUAAGAAAUGAGGAGGAGAAGGAAUAAAAAUGGAAGGGCAGCUUAGUUACCAGGCAAAGCUGUGCGCCAGUCAUCCUUGUAUUCUGCUCCUUGUCACUAAAGAGGGCUAGGAAAUCUUGCCAGGUGUUGCAGAUCUUUUCAAGGCUACCUUGCUUGACAUAGUCCACCCCUUUCUUUUUUUCCACAUAGUUUUAAUAAAAAACACUAACCCUGUUAUGACUUAUAAAUGAGUGGAAUACAGGUUAUAGCAGAGUAAUUGAAUGCAGCAUACGAAAUAAUAGAGCCUUCAACAAUACAUAAGUGCAGAAAGUUCAAGUGGUGAUCUCCAGUAAACUUAUUUCAAGCAUGUCACUAUUUUCAGCAUUGGAGGGCAUGUUUCUUGGUCGCACUACUAGGGUGUGACUGGAUGUUGGUAACUGGUUAUGAUAUGUGCAUAUACGAAUCAUUCUAUUAUGUUUAUCAAUUUUUUUGUCGCUGUUGCAAACUCUGUUCUAUUCGUAUAUAUUUAAUCUUUGCUCCUCUUUCUCCUAGGUUCCAACUAUGCGAGUCCCCGUCCAGCUCAUGCCAACAUGAAUGCCAAUGCAGCUGCAGGGCUUGCACCUGAGCAUAUCGCUACUCCAGGUGCAGCCCUUUCCUGGCAGGCUGCUAUCGAUGCUGCCAGGCAGGCCAAAUUGAUGGGUGCAGCCGGCAAUGCAACAAUAUCCACCGCCAGCUCCACACAGAGGAAACGGCAGCAGUAUGGGAAACAGAAAAAACAGGGUACCACCACAGCUACACGUCCUCCCCGGGCACUGCUGUGUCUAACACUGAAAAAUCCCAUCCGGAGGGCAUGCAUCAGUAUUGUUGAAUGGAAAUAUCCUUUUUGA